AGAGUGUCUGCAGCCACAAGACCGUGGAUGGUGUGAACACGCCCCUGGAAGUCAUGAAUAACGCCUAUGCUUAGCCGAGCUUUGCGGAGGUGAUGUCUCUUUAAGAGACUCAGCCCUCCGCCGAAACAAUCGUACAACCCCCCAACAAGUCAUCGGACCUGUCAAUCAUCCGGUCGGCGCCCUUUGAUGUCGAGACUCUUUGCCUUGUCUUGGGCUCAAAUGAGCUGUUUGCUGUUGUAGGGAAACAUUAGUCCUCAACACACCAGGCAGCCGGGGGACGCCACAUCUUAACUUUUUUCCCCUGCAUGUGGUGCGGGUUUCUGCACUUUGGACUGAGGAAAUUCAACAGAAAACUCUCCUUUUUUCAUUUAUACUUUUUUUCGGGCUCAAAUAAAAUCUUUGAAGGGGUGUUAUACAUCGCAAAGAAAGAGGUGGAAAGUAGCAGACAUGCCUCAGCUUAGCAGCGGCGGCGGGGACGACCUGGGAGCGAAUGAUGAGAUGAUAUCGUUCAAAGACGAAGGAGAGCAAGAGGAGAAAAUCCAAGAAAACGCGUUCACGGAGAGAGACCUGGCCGACCUCAAGUCCUCUCUGGUGAACGAGUCGGAAAUAAAUCAAAGUCCGAACGCAGCGGUAGGUGGCAUGAAGUGUGUGUGUGUAAGAGUGUGUGAGAGAAAGCUUGCUUCAUUUUACACGCUGCUGACAAGCACUGAAUAAAGCCGAAAAGCGCCUUGAGGUUUUAAGUUGUAAAAACUUCCAGGCUACCUCGGGUUUACUACAGGAGAGUGAUGCUUUAUCAAAGCGGAACAUAAACACACCGUUAAGUAUGAUAAAGUGGCUUUAAACACUCUCUCGUUGACGCUUUCAGACAACACCUGAGAGAUUUUGUUGUUUUUUUAUGCCCUUGUUCUUGACUGAUUUACCUGAACCGUGUUUAUUGUCGGUUCUUCAGGCGGUCAGACGGGCACAUCAGGGCGAGCAGAGGGACUUCCAAGAGAAACACCGGGAGCAUCUCGACGGUGGUAAGAAGAAAAACACACUUUGUCUCACACAGCAGUUCACAUCCGGCCAAAGGAGACAGUUUUAUCUCAGAUAUCUCUUAAUAAAAACGAGGUUAUACCGAGUUAAAUUGGGAGUAUUUUGGUCUCGCGCACACGUGUUGCAGUAUUAAAGGAAACUUCAAAGAGUUUGUUUCAGGUGUACACUGCAAAAAAAUGACCACCAGGUCUGUGUGAGUCCUUUAUUUCUAUCACAUACUUAAGAGUCGAAUGCUUCUGUUCAUAGUUAGUAUACCUAAAGGGGAAUUUAAGAUACCUGCUUUCAUUGGACGUGGUCUUCAUGGAGUAUCUUGCACCUAAUGAACUUAGCAGAGUUAGAUAAUUCAUAAUAAUUCACUCCUAUGCAGUUUGCUUUCAUGUUAAUAACGAGAUAUAAUUAUCACAUAAGUGUUAAUUAUGUAAAGGUCUAACGCUUCUGGUCUUCGUUAGUAUACCUGCUUUCAUUGGACGUGGUCUUCAUGGAGUCCCUUGCACUGCAUGAACUUAGCAGAGUUAGAUAAUUCAUAAUAAUUCAUUCUUACGCAGCUUAUUUUCACAAAACUAUGUGAAAAUCAUCAGACAAGUGUUACAUCCUUGUGCUUUGUACCUUUACUUGACCACAUUUUUUAUUUUUACAGGAAUUUUAAGAGCAAAGCUUGAAUUUUUUGCAGUGUAGCUUUUAGCUUGCUACUUCAGUAAGACAAGUGGGGUCAACCAGGGUCCUUUAGAGGUUUAGUUUAACGUUUUCUGCACUGUUUCAACCCCAAAAGAGGACAACAAUUCCCCUUUUCCUCCCUGUAACAUAAGCAACUUUAUUUAGCAAUUUUAAUUAAAGGUAUCUCUCUAUAGACUGGAGGAGAAAAUGUCCUUAUUCUGUGUUCAAAUGAGGGAAGAAAUCAUCAAAAUGAAAUAUGCAUAAUAACAGUAAUGGUAUUUUUAGACAGGUGGGGUCAACCAGGAUCCUUUUUAGAGGUUUAAUUUAACAUUUUCUGCAGUGUUAUCACCCCCAAAUUACCACCCACCAUUUCCCUUUUCCUCCCUGUAACAUAAGCAACUUUAUUUAGUAGUUCUAAUUUAAAGGCAUCUCUAUAGAUUGAAGGAGAAAAUGUCCUUAUCUUGUGUUAAUAUGAAGAAAGAAAUCAUCAAAAUGAAAUGUGCAUAAAAACAGCAAUGUUGUUUCUGUCAUCUUGGUUAAAAAGUUAAAACAUCUCCAUUAAAGGCGUCAGGUUCCAAAAAAGGUGAAGAAAGGUCAACCGUGUCUCUACCUCUAAUUUAGCAAAGGUAUAACAAAGAUGUAGCUGACCCUCAGAGAGGCGGCUGAUGCUUUAUAUGGGUGGUGGUGAGACAUAAAUUAACACAUAGGCUACAGGAGUUCACGCCUCUCAGACUGGCUGACGGUUGUAACGCUUUUGUCUCAUGUAUUGUCGUGUGCACUCUUACAAGGAUAUAACAUGUAGUAACUAGAUCACAAGUAAACCCUCGACUGUUUUUGUCAUUUUUAUCUUGGAUGCUUUUUAAAACUUUUUCUGAGGGACACAUAUUGACCUCCUAACAAGGAUUUGACAGUAAGUCAGAUUUGAUUUUGUGAAUUAUGAGGUUAAUUUGAUGUUUUAACUCGAGUCAACAAUAGUCCUGUAAGAGACCAAAUCAAAGCUGUUCAAAGGGAUUUAACAAAGUCUCAAUUAGUUAUUCUGCACUUUUUGACUUAUUUCCCCCUGUUUGACCUUAGUGUCGAAGCAUCAAGAUGGAGGCAUGUACAAGACGCCGGCGUACCCUGGGUAUCCGUUCCUGAUGCUGCCCGACCCCUACCUCCCCAACAGCUCUGUUUCUCCAUCAGUAAGUCUGCAUUUGUUUUGAAUCUCCCGCUGGCUGAAACACACUGGUUAUUUAUCAUCCUCUUAUGGUUGCUUGUGUGACAUCUGAGGUCUCGAUCUGCUUGCAUUUACGUCCUGCUGUGGACUCAAGUUUGCUCAUUACAGCAACAACUUCCAUCCCUGUCGUCCCAACACUGAACCGAACUUUUAAAACGACACUUCUGGUGAUGCUUAUGCUGAAGUAGCUCGGUAAAUAAACACACACUCAGGGAUGCAGAUGGUUGUUUCUGAGCAGCUGCUGGUUGUUGUUUCUUUUUUUAUUUGUGGUCUUAAGUAGCCAGGAUUCAAAAGAAAAGGACGUUAAAGUUUGGACAUAGAUUUCUGGUCUUUUUUAGUGGAAGUUGUUCACAUUUCUUGCGGUAUUUUUUGCCUUUUCUUUAUGAUUUUUGUCUGAAUGUUGGUUACAAACUUGCUUAAGUUACCAAGAUAGUAUCUGCAUGAGCGUAAAUUUUAAUUUCCCCCUAAAAUACCUCAGGUGCCCCUUUUUUUAAAGUUAAAUUAAAGUUGUAAAGAGGAGUUUUAAUCUUUUUUUUAACUCCAUUUUAAAAUAUUGUAGGACUGUUUCUCUUGUAAACAUACCACACGCAUCUAUCAGUAAGCUUGUCUCCCUGUUGAUACAGCCUGAAAAACAAAUUUCCCUUCUUUUUACAUCUGAAAUAUUUGGUACAUAUAUGAGUCAUGUCCUAAAACUUAACAUAAGGUUUAAGAGAGUCAGAGAGGGACACCGUUACUCUGAUCACAUUCACAGCUCCACAAAUCAGCCACAAACUCAACACGAGUGAUUUAGCUUUGAACUUUGUUUUUUCCGCUAACUGCCUUAUGAAAUAAAGCCGUAUUUAAACACGCUUUCUCCCAUGAGCGCCGCAGCCUCGAGAGGCGAAGCAGUAAAAAAGGAGCUUGUUUUUGUUUACGCCUUUUGCAGACGUUGGAAUAUGAUUGAUGUCGUCACUGCGAACCGUUUCGCGUGACGUUUUCCGUCUGUGAAUCACAAGAGGUUUGCUUGCCGCCUAAACGGCUGAUCUGAGUGUAAAACAAACAUGAGAAAGACUCGUGGAAGGAUUUAAGGUCUUGCAGUAUCACCCAUCCAGCCAGACAGCUCUGACAAAAUGAAUCAUAAAAUCCCUUCAAGUCACCCAUAAGAGCUGAUAUCCACGGAUAGGCUGACUAAUUGCACCAAACAUGAGCACUUGUGCCUAAUUCAUUUCUCACAUGUUGUGUAAUCCUGUUGCCUGAAUUAACCCCCCUGCUCGAGCAGAAGACUCUGUGUUGUUAAACAGCAGAAAUUCUUGUUUAUGUGAUCACAUGCGCUGUAGGCUAAUCUAAUGUGAUGCACCGUGAAUGAGGAACCUGCUGUACGGACGUUAUGGAACAAACGUGAUUCUCUAAACGACAAGUGAACUUUCCCCAGAGUUGAGACCUGGCUGCGGGUCAUGAGGGAUUGGAGACAGGUCACGGAGGGGUCAGAAAAGUGUGGAAAUCACCACCUUGUGCUUUUAUGCUGACCCACGCUUUCAAAAACAGUUUUUAAACCUAUCUGCGUGCAAAAAUAACAACUUAACAUUCAACAGACAAAUAAACCAUGAGCUGUUUCUUCGUUGGGGUCCUAAUUGAGCUCCGAAAUAACCGUUUACUCCAUCACUUUGGUUAAAAAUAUCUUUCUUUGCUUGUCUAAUGUGAUUUUACUCCCCUUAAGAGUGACUUAAAGUAAACAGAUAUGUAAUUUCAGGUCUCGUCUGUCUCCUGUUUGAAGAGUUAUUUGAUUUCUAAUUUGAUAGAAACUUCCCUGGUCAUGAAGCAUCACCCAGAGAGCAGCAAGUGUCUGUCCCUUGCUCUGAUUGAUAAAACUCUAUUUGAAUGAAUUUUCUCGUAUAUAAGAGAGCGUACUCGUAUUUCCUCAAACAUCUUUUGUAUGGUCUUUAUUGCAUAACACGGCACACAUCCGGCGUCGCUUUACACAAACACGCUAACUGACUGUGAUGGUAUGUGUGGCUCAUCAGUGUGUCUCCACUUCUUUCACCCUCCGCUCAUAAUCUGCUCCUCUCUUCUCCACCGGCCCCGGGAGUGCCAACCGCAGCAGCAGAGCCUCCCAGAGAUUGUUUUUGUUGAGGGUGGGGUGGGGGGGUUAGCUGGUGUAGGAGGGGGGUCGGCGGUUGCGAGAUAAAGAGCACUUUCUUUCCCCGUGUGUCUUCCAGACUCCACACAAUGCUCACUUGUUGCUGCGUCCCUUGUAAUUAGCCCGCUGGUUGCGAGGCGGUAGCGACGUAUCGGGCCCCGUCUACCUGCCACUUGAAAGGGCUGAGAGUGGUGGUUUAGUCUGGUUGGGGGGGCUUUGGGUGGAGGGUUUUGAUGAUUAUGGAUGGGAGAGAUGCAUCGGAAACUAAAGGCCUGGGAGAAGGGACAGAAAACGGGGCUUUUGUGCGCGGUGUUUUAUGAGAGGACAUGGUUUUCACCUCUGUUUUUGUGUCCAUCAUCUUCUUCUUCUGACUUCUUUUGUUGGCAACACCUGAAGCCUUAAGUGUCAUAUCAGUUUGAUAUUUCUACAUUAUCCUCAAGUGUUUGCAGAGUCGGAUAACUGAAGAUUUCUAAGCGCUCAAGGUUGAGCCUUAAGAAUACGUUCUCAAAUCAGACGAGCAUUCCAAAACUUAAAGACAUUAAGUGUAAAAAUGAUGCAAAAAGAAGCAAAAACACACAUUUACAGAGACGGAGACAGGUUAUCAGAGUGUGUCACGUCUCUGUAAAGCUCUUUAAUGAUAAAAUGUGUUUGCAUUUCACUUAUUGGGACCAUUUUGGUGAUUUUUGAUUCAGACAGUGAGUCUCUAAACUUUCCCUGAUUGAUGAUUUGCUUCUCUGCUUAUUUAUCCGUUCAUUGUCUGAUUCACCAGAAUGAAAUAUUGACUCCCUCAGUGUUGUUAGGUUUAUCUUUGGAGCCUGAAAAUCAAGCAGAACUCUCAGAAAAAAUGAUUGGGCAUGUGUGACAUUAUCGAUUAAAUAUUCAAGUAAAUUAAAAAUGAAAACACCAAACAUUUUUCAAUCAUGCGAGGCUUUUUCUUUCUGUUUCCUUGGACUAAAAAUCAAACGCCUUUCUUCUUUCUUCUUAGAUUUUAAUAGAUUUAACAUUAAAUCCACCAAUUAAUCUGCAGAUUAAUCCUUUAUUGUGGAAAUACAUCUUAGCUGGCUGGCUUUUAAACACUUUAGAUGCAGUUUUCUUGAAAGUCGUCAAACUUCACAACAAUGCGCAGCGUUUCUCGUAAACCCCUUUGUGUUCCUGUAAACGGCUUUAAACAGUUGAACUCAUUGUGAGAGCAGCAGCUGAAUAACUGUUAGUCACAUAUUAGUUGUAUUAUUUGUGUUUCUGUAUCUUUCCCUUCGUGGGUUUUUUAUUUUAUUGUACAAAGGUAAUCUUUCAGAUUCCUUUUAUACUGGGAUGUUUGAGUCUUUUGAAUGCAUACAAGAUUGAAGAGCUGAAUAAGAGCGCCACAAGGACGUAUAACAUUUGUCUCGCUCUGAUCUCAAACAUCAGGGGGUCACAUCCCAUUUUUUUCAGAUUCCCAGAGCAGCUUUUAUUGUGAAAGGAUGAACAUUAUUCCCACCUAACCAGAUAGGCUGAAACAGACAAAAAGACGAAUAAAUAGCAACCCUCUUUUUGAAUCUGGUGGUGAUGUAGCAUCUCAUGUAAAACUGCUUCUAAUCUCCGUGUUGAGAAGUGAAGACGGCAUGCCUGAGAAGCUGCUCCAAACCCUCUUUAUCCCAUUCACUGAUAAUUCUCCCAUUACUGUGAUUCAUGGGUGUUUCACUGUUGUUACAUUAAUGUAGAUAUCAGCCGUCCUUUCAGGAGAAGUGGCCAAACAGGGAGGAUUUAUGGGAUUCAGAGAUAUGACUAAACUCCCUCGGCUUGUUGUCUUUGGAUAAAGCUUUAAAGCCAGUGUGUAAGACAGUGUAAUGAACAACUAACACACACACACAAUAUGCAGGAAGUCAUUUGUAUGUAUCUAAGGUUUUGGCAUGUUUUCUGUGUGUGUGUGUUUUCAUCUGGCGUUUGUUGCCAAAGGCUGCAGCUUGUAUGCAGUGUUCAUGGUGCGUUUGUGUGCUGCUGCAUGCGUUUGUGUAUGUGAGACCUUCGCUGGCUGUUUGUAUAAUUCAGUGGAUUACCAGCAGACUGUGUUUUUGAAGGGAUCAUGAGUCUUUGUCGUCUCAAGGAGUCAAACCCCAGCGGAGGGGAGAUUGUCAAUAACAAGUGAGCAUCUUCCUCUUCAGCAUCCUCCCAUAUUUCUACGAAUGCUGCUUUUCUGUCUCUAUCAUCUUUGCUGCUUUUAACCAUCCUUUUUGCAAGAUUUUUUAAAAAGUUUCUACUCUGGGAUAUUUUGUGGUACUUAAAAAUCCUGAAAAGCUAACAGAGCUCGAGAGUCUCCUUAAAUUUGGAGGAACAAAGCGGCUUGAGAUGGCCAAACUCGACCUGGAGGAGCUGAUUGUUGGAAAGAAACCAACCUGUUGAAGUGUUUUGAAGCAGUUGGACCUCCUUCCUUCCUUUUUUGCACAUGAACUCCUGACAUUUUCUCAACUUUCAGAUUAUUUUUCAGCAACUUGUUUAUCUCACAUGCGUCCCAUUCCCUGUUAGACACACUGUACAAACCCAAAUCACAGAGUGGAGGAGUCUGCAGUGAUGGUGACUGUUCGAGUCUAUAUCCCUGCAAAAGUUUGAGCUCAUUGUGAUGAUGUCCUCAUUCCAACCACUCACUGACUGUAAAAUUUCCUGCCUUUUACCUGCUGCCUUUACACACCUGCUCUAUCAGACUUCUUGUGAGGAAUGUAUAGUAAGGCCAGUAAAAGAGAAAAUGUUCGUUUGAGAUUGAACAUGCAGAUCACCAGGAAAAGUCUGAAAAUUUUCAGGAGUUUCAUGCAUCUGUUUAUUUGUUUGUGGUUAAACAUGCAUGGUUAUUUGUGGUUGAACAUGCAGAUUACCAGGAUAAAUUCUGGAAAUUUCCAGGAGUUUCUUGCAUCUGUUCAAUUGUGGUUUAACAUGGAGACCACCAGGAUAAAGUCUGGAAAUCUUUAGGAGUUUCAUGCAUCUGUUUGAUUGUUAGUGGUUGAACAUGCAGACCACCAGGAUAAAGUCUGGAAAUUUUCAGGAGUUUCAUGCAUCUUUUCGUUUUUGGUUUACCUUGCAGACCACCAGGAAAAGUCUGGAAAUGUUGGGGAGUUUUAUGCAUCUGAUUGUCUUUGGUGAGUCAUGCAGACCACCAGGAUAAAGUCUGGAAAUUUUCAGGAGUUUCUUGCACCUAUUUGAAGGGCUCAUGUGUUCUGACUGUAGAACCUGUUAUUUGAUAAGAGUCUUUCCUUCUGCGAUGUUUUAAAACCAUUCAGUCUGAGUUGAUGAGACUGAAGUCAGUUUUUCUCUGCUUGAUGUAGUUUAAAAAAAAGAGUGUACAGAAAAAGAGUAAAUGCGCAAAGAGUCAGACAAGAGAGUCUGAAAGCUUUCUGAUCUGUUAUGAUGUGGAGGUCCAGCAUUCAUAUAUUCAAGAUAUUUGCAGUCGUGCAAGUGACAAGGACACCGCGUCCUUAGAAAAGAUGUCAGAAUUGGUUUUUGAUGCAUUUGUGGAGGCACAGAUCCUAUUUUUGUUAUAGACCACAUGUAGUUCAAAGGUUUGGGGCCCCUUCCUCCUGCAGUUCUUUGUCUUAUCUGUGUUGUCUAUUUCCAUUUGUUGCAGCAUUUGAAGUUGGUUGGUGUUCGUAUCUUUGCAUGUUGACUGAAAGAGCUCAUGUUUGCACCUGAGUCCUGCAUCUACAUCUGUCAAGGAUGUCCUGGUCACAGGCUGCAGAUGUGCAGAUUCACACCGAUAUAGAGAUCAGAAAGCAGCAGCACUCAUCCUGUGAUAAUCAAACUAAGAAUAAAGGAACAAAGUUAAAGUCACGCCGGGUGAUUUUUGAGGGUCUCGGGAUUAGUGGUCGACCCACCCACUUAAACAAAAACAGAGGGCUGUACUUUUUUCUGAAGUGGCCGAUGACUCACGCAUGAGGAAUUAUCGGUGGUUGGUGGUUUUAUUGACAAAUAUUAGGACUAGAUUUCGUCACCAGCUCUUUCCGACCAUCUUUUUGUGAGCUCAGCGUGUCUUUUUGAUUGUUUUGUUUGAUAUAAGCCCAACUUUUAGGACUACAGAUUACAUUAAGAGCUUCUUUAAUCUACAGCAUCGACUUUCUUUUCUUGUCCUGAGAAAGACAGACCUCUUAUUCUUUUAUAGAUUAUGUUCUUAUAAUUGAUCGGGUACAAACCCAGCAUCUGAUAGUGUUGUGUCUAUGAUUGCCUGUCAAAGAGGCUGUGAAACUGUCUCUGAUGUGGAAGCUGUGGUCACACCAAGACAUCAACACGCUCUGGAGACAAAGAGGCGCUCUGAAACUCUCCCGCUCACUUUUGCGUGGACACGUUUACGGCAUCGACAUGUUAAUAUGGGAAAGCAGAGAAAAAGGUUUGUUUUCAAACGCUCUGUGACAGCGUGUAAACUUAGUCACCGGAAUUUACAGGCCAGCGUGUAGUGUCAUUGUCUUGUUUGGGGGAAUUUCCUGCUCAUUUGACAUUUUCUCUUUCUCACAUGACGAAUGAAAAUUGACAGGAAGAGACAGCUGAGAUGUUUGGGAAGAGUAGGGGUGCUUUUAGUCAUUUGUCAGUGCGGUGAAAAUGUAAAACGUCUCUUUUAAAAUUUUCCCUGAACCACACCAGGAUGUCCAAAUCGUGCAAGAAAAGCAGCCGUUUAACCAUCUUUGACCGCAGCUUGUUUGUUUUUUAUUAUUUCGGGGGAAAUGUUACGUUUCUUAAGCCAAUAAACGUUUUCACAUGCCUCCUCCUCUCCCUGGUUUUCCAUUCACAGAUCUGCUCCUGGUGUUAACAAGCUCCCCCCUCCGUCCCUCCCUCCUUUCCUCCUCCUUGUAUCUCCUAAAUAAUACAAAGUCGAUCCUUCGAGAUCAAGGGAAUGGCAUGUGUGUGUGCAAGUCUCUAGGAUCUUGCCACUUCCUUGUCUCCCAUUGUAUUUCUGUGUUGACAGGGGGGUUGUUCAGCCAGCCCCUAGUCCCUGGGUAAACAAUGGCAGCAACACAGGCUGAGGCCUCCCUAAUCCCCCCCUUCAUGCAGACCCAGGGGCUGGGAUGAGCGGCGCGGGGGCCUCCGUGCCUCUGACUGGCUACGAUAAGGACCCCGGCACUCAGAUUUAAGAGGCCUACAAGAAAAGCAGCUUUCACUAGGAGCUGAAGGGUAGGAUGAAAGUCUUACAUUUCUCAACAUAUUUUUAAGAAACUCUUUCUAAAAAUUAUCUUAAUAUGAAGCACGAAGACUUCAUUUUAUUUUCAAUCAGUUUUGUUCAAGAAAAAAGUCCUGAUGAAUUUAAGAGAUAUUAGAAACUGAGUGCAAAUGAGCUCAAACCAUGCAGUCUUUACUUCCCAUUGUUGGGUUGUAUGUAAGUACAAGAUGAUGUUUUUGCUCAAGUCUAAGAUCACUGAGCAAAGGGACUUUUACGAUCGGAUAUGAAAACUCAACGAUUGCUUCAGCCACUCAUGCAAAUACCCUCCAUCUUUGAGUUGGGGAUAAACACAUAAACACUCACUACUUUUAAGACGCUGUCCUACAUCAGAGAUGUGACUCCACCCCAUCCAGUCCGUAACAAAGAGAGAAAGACAAGUGAGGAGAUGGAGGACGGUUAAAAAGUUGGAGCAGCGGAAGGAGAUGAAGUUAAUGUGGGAGGGGGUGAGCAGCUUGUGGAGUAGUUAUCGUCCAUUUAUGGUUAUCAAGGCGAACUGCUCAAUAUAUCGUGAUAAUGAUUUGAGGCCAUAUCGCCCAGCCCUACUGAAGAGAUUUCAUGUGUGAACGAGCAACUCGAAAACUCGGUAGAGCCGAGCGACGAUGCCUAGAAACUUGUGCGUGUGUGAAAGAAGCGACAUUAUCUCCUCGUUGUUUCACAUGAAGUUUUUUUUAAUGUUUGAAAAAUGUGUUGAACAAAGACGACUGAUGAAAUCUUCAAUCAAAGCAAAACAAACACCUCAGUGCAUUUGUGUAUUAAUAACUGUGUAUCUAUGUGUGGUCACAGGUUGGCAGGUAGACUGAAGCCCCCCCCGGGUUACUGCAGGAAGUCUGUGCAUGAGAUCAGAAUAGACAUGGAUGAAGACAGAUAUAUAGAGUGUAAAUAGACUUUAAAAGAGGGGAGUGCUGCUGAGGUAAAGGGGACAUUAUAGAAGCUGUGAGGAGACAGGGAAGAAGGGGGUAAGAUUAAAAUACAAAUGACCAUAAGAGCGUCCUCAUCCCCCCCCUGUCAGCUUUGAAGUAGCGCGCUGUGAAGGCACCUAAAGAGAAACAGUUCAGAGGACUAUUUCAAGAGGCGGAAAUGUUUAAAAGAAUAUCAGAAGAGGAGGUAAAAAAAAAAAAACCCUCAGAUGGCCCCGAGGUGUUUAUACCUGUAAUUAUUCAUCCACUUAUUUCUUUCCGGCGCAGGGGGAGGUGGGAUGAGGGGAAACGGAGGAGCAGUAAAAGACAGGUGUUGGCAAAAGAAGUGAGUGAUUGAUAUUAUUAGCUCUGUUUUAUCUCUUGUUAUACAUCCAGGAACUCUGAUACAGACCAAAUCUGAUUAAUCAGCCUUUUUGUUGAAAUGAUGUAUUUAUGAGCUGAAAAUCGACUCUGCAGUGACGCUGAAUAUGGGGGUGGGAAAGAUCAUGAAAGCCUAAAGACAGUUUGUGAGUGUAGCAUCAGCGCUGGUGUUUCUUUAAAUCAAGACCACAUUUCCCAUAAUUCCUCCCACGCUUCUUGUAACUGAGGAUGCUGGAGGUCGAACAUGUUGCAGGAUGUUAUUUAUUUUUUUUUGUUUCCACCUGCUUCUCACUUUAAACACCAUCAGCUAAUGAAAUAUGCGCAAAGAGCCUCGACUCCUUUUUAGCUGUUAUGCAGUGGAGUCUUAAAAUAGAGCCUUAAAGCAGCAUUUUAAUGAAUUUUUGCUUUUAAGAAAAUUAAUAUUAAGAUAAAGUUCUACACAUUUGCUUCCAUAAUGCUUUUCAGGAUCUGUUUCACAGUCACAGAGACAAGAGAUGACGUAAGGCGGGUACAGAGAGGCAUCUCUUUGUUUUGGCGUGUUUGUGUGUAUGUUUAAGUGAGUUGUAGGAUGUUGCACCCGGGUGAGUCAUUGACCUGUGGAGCGAAACCAUUCAAGUUUCUUCCAUCUCCUUGUUGACAGAGUGAGCUGGCCAGGCUUUUUUUCGAGUUUGUAGUUAAUCAGUGCCAGUGUUGUCUUUGUCUGACACCACUGCAUACCAAAAUAGUGCCUCAUAUUCAGCCAUUUAUUCUGCACAGAUGAUCUGUUGAGCAUUUAAAGGUAAAAAAUUUCUGCAGACUUGAGGCUCUGUGUCACUUCUCUCAAACUUUUGGACUUUAAAUGUUAUUUACUUCAGUCUUGGGAGAAAAGUUUUGAUUUAUGACUUGUUGUUGUCUCCAAUGCUUUAAUUACACUUCAUGACAGUCAGGAGUAUUUCAGCAAAGUUUGAAAGAUUUGAUUUGGAAGGUUAUCUAACAUGUUUUCUGCAGAAUGGAGUUUCUGAUCUCCCCACAUUUAACUAAUGAUCAUGUAUCCAGCAUUAUAGGUUAGAAUUUAAGAUUAAAACAAGUAAGUCAAGGGGAAUUGGUUCGGCCUGGCCCUCGUGUAUAGAGACUGUAUCACAGCGGUCACUGGUUUGAGUCCUGGACUCCACCCUUGCUCUCUGCUACCACUCCCCAUAUUUCUGUUUCUCUUGUUAUUUUUAAAGGUGAAACAGCCCUAAAAGUCCCUUUAGAGAAAUAGAAAGUGUAAUGCAUGAACACCUGGAAAACAAUCAUAAUUCAAGUUGGAGUCAUAAAACAGCUGAUUUUUUUGUAUUUUUUUUUUCUAUAUUCAACCACCAUGUAAGUCAAGUAUUUUUCUGUUUGUCUACUAUGAAGCUACAACAAGAUUUCAAGUCUUUAAAAUGGCAUAAAAUGCCAUGAAACAGUGGAAAAUGCUAUCUUGGCUUCUAACUAAUAAUGAUUUAAAAUAAUAGUAACACUUUCUCUGAUGCCCAUCUCCAUAACGCAUUAUAAAUACAUGUAAAAUGUGUUAUAAUCACGUUAUAGCACCGUAUAACUAUAGUUAUUAAUACUCAUACAUGAUCAUAAUGCUUUAUAGCAAUAAUUAUAACACAUUAUUUAGCAUUUUAUCAUGACUUACAAGGUUAACAACUCACUGACAAUGUCCACAUAGAGAAUGUAAUGCAACUGUUGUUAACAGUUAUAACACAUUAUAAUACCUGACCUUGUAAGUCAUGAUAAAAUGCUUCAUAAUGUGUUAUGAUUAUUGCUAUAAAGCAUUAUGAUCAUUUAUGAGUGUUUAUAACUAUAGUUAUACCGUUUUAAAACAUGAUUAUAACGCAUUAUACAUAUGUUUAUAAUGUGUUAUAGAGAGAGGCGUCAAAUAAAGUGUUAUGAAAACAAAAAAAUUUGAAACUGUAAAAAAAAGUUUUGAAUCAGUGUUUUAUUUUGUUGUUUAAUUUGCUUAAACACGACAAACAGACUCAUUAUUCUAGUUCAAGUCUAUUCUGCAAAUAUGUCUCCAUAAUAUCAUCUAUGAAUCAUUGAAAACUAACUUUCAAAAUAAGGGAAAGUGUGACUGUGUCAAAAACCUUCUUCUCUGAUCCCUCACUUCUCACACUUCAGACGACAGAUACUAACGCCCAUCAGUUGGAAGUUAUUAAUGGAAACCUCUCAGUGUUUUCAUGUUUGGAUGUUCAGCAGCUGACACACACACACACACACACACACACACACACACACACACACACGCCCGCAUCACAAGGUCUGUAGGUCAGUGUGCCACACUCACUGCUCUGUAAACACGCCCGCCCGCUCCCUCCUCCUCCCCCUCCUGCUGCUGCUGGUCAGUGAGGAGUUUCAAAGUGCGCUGUGGGGAGAAAGAGUAGCAGCUUUCUGUGUGAAACAGGAUGGAUUAGUAUCUGAGGAAGAAACUUUAGAUUUUAACGAAUGGGGAAGCUGCAGGUAAUCUCUAAUACGCGCAUAAACAAUGAGAAAAAACUGAACUUUUAGGCAACGUGGAACACUCGCCAUCCCGUGCAGCGAACCAGUAAACCUCCUGUAGCUGGUUUUGGCCUCUUUUGAACCCUUGUAGGUGUGAAAUCCAAUUCCUCAAAGUUUAGUCGAUGUUGGUCUUGCUAGUUUGAACCUGAGUUGAUAAUUUUGUCCUGAUAUUGUCAGUGAGUUUCUGUGGGAGUUGGACUUUCUUUCUCUCCUUUUUUUAAUAGAAACCACGUGACAUACAGAAAUUAAAUUCUUGUUUCAUUUCCUCUUUAGUACUGUCAAUAAUCAGUCGAACAGUUUCACAAAGCGGUCUCUACCUCUCUUGAUUAGUGGAGGUUUACACAAACACACACACAAACACACACACGCACACUACCACCUUGGACUUUCCAAACUUCAUAAAAUCCUGUCAAGUGUAACAGCAGGCUUUUGUCCAAAAAACAGUCAUGAGAACAAAUUUAAAAAGAGGCGUGAAGUCUGCAGAGAUGCAUUAAACUGUCGAGGAUAUGAUUUUAAUUCAUGUUGAUUUCAAUUCAUAUCAUAAAGUGAUUUAAAGAUGAGCUUUUAAUUCAAAGACAGUGGAAAAGUUCACUUGUAAGUUUGGUUAUGAGGCUCGUCUCUGCGCAAACAUCAUGCAAACAAGAACCUGUAUAAUGCACAGCUGCACAGAAGGAAGUCUAAACAAAGUUAAACAUGACCACCACCAGAAGGAAAACACAUUUUAGACCGAGCAGGUUACUCUAACAAACAAAUUCAUGUCAAUAUAUCACUGUGUAUACUUACCUACACUCACAAUGAAUGAAACAUCUUAUACGUUUGUAGUGUUAGCAUUCGUGAGUGUGUGUGGGUGUGUGUCUGUGUGUGUGCGGAGCCUCUGCUGUUUGCAAACAGAGUCGGUAUGACGACCAUAUGUGAUCGUACAUGACAAUUUACCAUGUGCUCUGCCUCUUUCAUCUGUCCCUGUGCGGAAAUUUACAACCUGUUUACACUCCUCAGUCAAGAGACGGAGGUGUGUGUGUGUGUGUCGUGUGUGUAUGUGUGUGUCGAUGUGUGUGUUUCCAGAAAGAUGGUAACUAACUUCACAUCGUGUGUGUGAUGGUGUUGAUCUGGUACAGGGUUGUACUUUGAUUCUUGUACCUGCAUGUCUUGUUUGUGUUUCUGUCGGUCUGUGGAAACUUUUUGUUAAAUGGUCCUGGGUUUCUCUCACCCUGUUGCAUUUAAAAUCUUUAAAUCUAAACACAUUUUCUCUCGUUCUUAAAGUGUGACACCAUUUAAGCAAACCCAGCUAAAAUAAGCAGCUCUUACGGCGCUGUGUUUGAAUUGCAAAUAAGAAGUUGAGUCAAACAGGUGAAGAAUUUUAACACAAAGGUCUUGAUUUCACUCAAGUGAGAAUUUAGUUGAAAAAGUUAAUAAUUAAGAUAAUAAUCUAUUUAUCUAAGAUAACCAAAGUGACCAAAAAAGCUCUCUAGAAUCUUAAAGCUGCAAAGUACUGAAUUUGAGGAAAUAAUAUCAACAUGCAUCUCAAAUAAAUGUGCAAAGCUUUAAGUGGGAGACAGGUUGUAUCCCAGUUAAACUGGGGGCAGCAAGCUAGCAGAGAGAUGAGAUUGAAAAAAAGUCUCUAGUAACUCAUGUGAAAGUUGAAUAAUUGAUGCAUUAUAUGUAAUUAAAGCUCCAGUGAGAAACUUUCAGCUGUAAACAUUUUGGUGCCCCCUGUGGACAAAGUAGUCCUGAUUUUAUUUUAUUUUUUUAAGUAGUGUCUCCUGAUGAACUCUCAUCAGUCUGACUUUUGACUCUUUAUAGAAAAGUUUUGGGGACCAAACAGUCGAUUCGGAGAGCAACCAUACAUACAACAACCAUAUUGAUCACAAUUACACAUACCAAAAACAAAAUACGCAUAUAUAUUCACACAGAGCCCAGCCCAUAAACAUAACAGCACAUUGAUCAACACUGAAACAGUGUCUAAAAAAGAAAAAGAAUAUAAGAUAAUAUACCUAUAUAUACACACAUGUACCUUCACAUAUAUACAUACACACAUAAGUCAUCAUCUCCUCACAUGUCAUACACACCUAUUCCCUCUGAUAUAGUUCAGAAAAUGGCCACAGACCUCUUUGUUAUCAUUCAACUUUGCUGUCAUUAGUUUAUAGGAGACAUUAUCCAUCAUCAUCUUAACCCAGUCAGUAAAUUCUGGUCGAGUCUGACUCUUCCAGUGGCGAAGAAUGACUCUAGCUGCAGUGAUGAAGCCAGUCAGUGCUAAACCAAAUUCUGCUUUUGGUAUUCCUGGUGGUGACUUUGAACUGUCUCCAGCAGGCAAAGAUAGGGGGGGAUUCUGGUAGACCUUUCCAAGCCACUCACUCAAUGUUGGUUUUUCUCUCUGAAACCUACUGUUAACAGUGAAGCUGAGACUCACCUAAUGCACUAAGAAAGGACAGCAUCUGUUUUGCCAUCUAGAAAGGUGAAUUCCUGAAGCAUAUCAGCCCGUACAGGUACUAAUUGUAAACGGUGUUCGAUGUGACAGGAAGCCUCAGAUUGAGGUCAGUUAUCAUUAACUGUAUGCAUUUAUCAGACAACAGCUGAUGGGUUCAGAGACUGUUUUUAAUCUGCUUAAGUGCCUCAAAGUAAAUAAGUUCACUCUUAAAAUAUCUGACUUCUUUUUUUCGAAUUUAAUGUGUUCACAUCGAGGCCUGCUGUGCAUUAUGGAUUACUAAAGGAUCACAUUGAUUAGCUCUUAAUCCCGGUCUGCACACAACCGAGCGAUCUAAUUUGUUUUCCUGACUCAACAACAAACAGCCUGUUUAUUUGGUACAACAAAUCCAAAAGCAUCGUGUGCGUUUCAGUGUGAGUAAACAUCCAUAUUUGGUGUGCUGAUCUCAGUAAUUGAUAAUGUCCUAUGAUUAUUUUCCCUCCUCCACCACCCUUUAAACCUCACCGACCUUUAUCGCCGCUUUAAUGCGCACUUUAUUAAAAUAGCCUUCUUAAAAAUAGUCCCCUAAAUGAAACUCAAACCCGGCCUCCUCCUCCUCCCUCACCCCUCUCCACCCCGUGCCCGUGGCUCUGCCCAGACCAGCUGGAGCCUCCACAGCCGCAUGAAGCAGCCCAGCACACAUGGCUGUGAUCACACACACACACACGCACACACAGAAGCAGAAGUCUAAACCUCCCUCAUAUGAUACUCAUCUGUUGAGGAGAGGAAGCAGCCUCCAUCAUCGUAUGCUAUUCAUAUAAAAAUACAUGACAGAAAAAGAGAGAUGCACAGGUCAAACACAACACUAAUAAUGUUCUCACACACGUGCUGAGAUCACACACACACACUCACACACUCAGCCUUCACAGUCAUGUAAAGUACCUUCAUUUCUACAUGCAGUCAUAGCUGUAUUAGCUGGUUUGAAAGUCUUCAUUUUCUUCUUCUCUCUUGAUGUGCACAGACACACAGCAGCAGUUUGACACACAGUCAGCAGAGUUCAACGACACUUGAAUUUAUUGUUUCCUCUGUGUAAAAGAUUCAUCUUCAAGAUCAGAUUUUCUCUCAAUAGAUUUGCAAUUUUCUAUACCGAAAGCUACAUGUACAUUUGAGACUUGACCAUCACUCCAUAUGGUUUGUUGACAUUGGUCUAAUUCAUGCACACAGGUGCAGACAAAAGAACUAAAAACGAAGAUUAAAAAGGAAGUGAGGAUAUAAUCAAAAUUUUUUUCACUUGAAAUUUCUAGAUGAAAAAUGUAGAAACAGUCGUUUUUUUUUUCAGCCUCCUCUCUCACACAAGUUUGGAGCUUCAAAAAUGACCAAAAUAACUUCUCGAUACUAUAGUGAUAUCAGUCCAAUAUCAGCCAAAAAACAAAUAUUGGAUUAUAUCGACCUGCUUCUAAAAUCUCCGAUACAAGCAGUCCAUUCCAGCCUCCACUCCGGCACUCCUAUCGAGCAGCGCUCCUGAUCCAGCAUGCAGAGCCAGCAAAAUCACAACAACAGUAGCAAGGAGUAGGAGUGAUGUCGACUGUGUGGUAGUAUUUUUCAUCAAAGUCCGAAAAAGACAUUUCAACUGAGUGCAAAACUUGUCAUGCACAAGUUUGUGCCGAUAUCGGUAUCGGACGAAAAGUUGUAUCAGGACACCCCUAUCUCUGGUGGACUUGUUUGCCUUUAUCAGUCAUAUAAAAGCAUCAGUGUGAACUUAAGUCUGUUUCAGGGUUGACAAAAACUCCUCACAGGAGCUUUAGGUUUGAUUUUUAUCUUUAUUGUUUGUGGUUGAAGAACCGGCCGGCCUUUUAAUCGCCUACAUUAACAAAAACAUGCGUGUGCAUUUUGGUAUCAGGAGCGGUAUUUUGUCGCUGUUAUUCAGAUUAGUCUGCUCCCCCUACUGGGUAUUGUUUAUACAGUUUACUCAUGCAAAUGGACGGAGCAUGUGCAACAACAUUGAGACACAAUGAUUGACAGCUCUGUUGACAUUUGGUCUUGUGUGCAGUAGAUCGGUCACGUAUGGAAGAUAUACUAUAAGAAACUGAACUUAAACAAUCGCUGCAGUCGUUGAACUUCAAUCACACACAAGAAGCUAUUUUGUUAUAGACUAAGCUGUUCUGUGGGGUCUUUGUCGUUCUAUCUGUAAGGUACAUGAAUGUUACGGUCACUGGAAAGGCUGUAAAAUAUCACACUCUGGCUCUUUCUUGCUCUGGCUUCACUUUUGUACAUUUUGCUUAACCGCAGCACGGUUACAGAUCGUUUGCACUGACAUUCCUUGUAACCACCUGACCUGUCAUGUCCUCUGAUUGUUCUUUUCUGUCCUUGUCAUCUCUUGACAGCUGCAGCUCCAACUCUUGCCAAAGGCUUGUCGAAGCUACAUAUGCCAUUUAGUGAUGUUAAAAUGACCUUGUUGAGCCUUUUGAAGGACACUGGAUCAAAGUAAACACAAUGAGUCCUGCAGGUUUUGGACAGAGGAGUGUUUUCUGUUCAGAGAAAGCUCUUUUUUUAAGCCUUAAACAGCACAGAGGAAUUCCCUCUUCAACAGGUUUCCUCGAAAGGAGCUCGCCAUGCGUCAAAUUGAUUUCCUACCUUUGUUUCGGCCUGUUUUGAAGAGGAGGAAAAGACAUCCAUCCCCACAUUUGCUGUUCAUGGGAAGCUUUUCUGUGGGUCCGCCGAGAGAAACGCUCGGGCUUUUAAAGAUGCAACACUCACGCAAAGCCAUAAGUGGACAUGCGAUGAGAGAGCACUUAUCCCACAUUGUCCUUCGGUCUAAGACAGAGAGAAAAAAAGACAAAUAGAAAAAGUUGAAAGUGCCUCCUUUUACUGCUUUAGAUCUCAAGGUUAAUGGAAAAGAGAGAGAAGAGGGAGAAGAGGCGGCCUUGAGGAAACAAGGAGGGCGAUUAAAAGGCUAAAAUAAGACAUGAAAAAGAAACAUCAAAUUGUUCAGUUGUGUCUCUAACAAAGAGGAAUUCAGCUUCAGGAAGUUAGGGAGCUCAAUCUUAAUCAGUGUUUUCAAUGUGUCUGAAGAUGUUGCGGUAAAUCAGCUUGUAUGAGCAAUUUCAGGGCCAGGGAGAAACUAGAGCAACUGCAGUGAGCUCUGCACUGUGGUCUCGUGUGUGUGUCUCUAUGUGUGUGUGCGUGCGUGGGCGUGUGUGACGGUGUAGGUGUCGCACACAAUACAGGACAUGUAUGUGGGAAACACUGUAUGCACGGAUGAAAGGGAAGAGGUGGGCGGGCAGGAAGUGAAGAACAAAAGAAACGAAUCAUCUGAUUUAUCAAUCGGGCGCAGAUCGUGCCGAUCAGAUGGAGGAAAAGGAGGAUGCAGUCAGAGGAGAGAGUGGUCGCCGACGAUUCGGAGAGAAAUUGAAAGGAGCUGAGUGAUUAAUACAGCGAGAGAGAGAGCAAGAGAGAGAAGGAUGGAGAGAGAGAGAGAAGACAGCAGCAGCAGCGGAAGGGAGGCAGCAGUAAACAAUGAGCAGCGGUUAUCACGAUGUGCACCUGGUGAAACAAAACCACAGCACCAGUUGAAACAGACUCUGACACCUUAAGAGCACCUUUAACCGUUUCACCACCGCACUCAAGGAAAACAAGCACCAACCCGGUGUCUAUCAGAUCUUUACAGGAAGUGGGUUUGUUUAAAGAACUCUUAAGUGGACAGAAAAGGUUUUUUUUUUUUUACCACCACAGAAAUGAUCCACAUGUUGGCAUUUGAAAGUUUUUUUUUUCACACUUUUCUGUCUGCGUUUAAUCUCAAACAUGACCUCUUUCGUUUAAAAUCAGGUUGCCAGCCUUUCUGAUGCUAAGACAGGUAGUGAUGGGCACAGCAGUUCUUUCAGAUUUACUGAAUCACUAGAAACAGUUCACUAGAAAGAUUCGUUCAAAAGAUUCAUUCACCAAAUCAGGAGAAGCCUGCACCGUUCCCUCGCAAAUCACUGCAAUGAUAGGAUGCUGCAGGUUUAAUGCACUAUUUGUUACAUGCUGUGUCCUAUUGCUUGUAAGUUGUUGUGGUGGCAAUUUAGCAGUGAAAAAAAAAGGUAGUUUUGUCCGACAAAAAUGAUUCCAGGCAGUGUAGUUCAAUGUGUGAUUCGUUCGCCAAGUGAUUCAGGCAUCGGUGCAUAUGGUCCCUCGUUCGUGGGCUGCUGGCCUGGCGAUGCUGUUUCUCACUUCAGCUCAACUGAACGAAUCACUCGAGGAAGUGAUUCGGUUCGGUACGUUCAGUAAAAAGAUUUGGUUCUUUUGAACGAAUCAUUCGUGAAUGACACAACACUAAAGACAGGAGGAUUGUAACAAGACCUCACAUUCUCCAAGCGCAUGAUGAUAUUUUAAGUGCAGUAAAAGCAUGAUUAAGCCCAAACUGCGGUAGAAAAUGCUCAAAAAAAUCAAAACGUUGUGAAUCUUGAGCAUCAUAUGAGGGAGUGACAUUUUCGACCCUGAUAUUUUCAACCAAAAAUCAACUAAUGCGCGGUUGAAAAUAUAAUGAUAUCAGCACAAGAAAGCAAUUAAACACCAUGAAAGUUGAAAUGCUCAAAACUAAAAAAAAUAUCCAGCAAACCACCCGACGUUGAUUAACACGGACGCUCUUCAGUCUUCUUGUCUUCUGCUGGUUGCAAUAUUUUUUUUCAUAGGAUGGUAGGAGAAGGUCCCGCUCUGUGCUGGGUUCGAUUGGUUAUGCCUAAUUGCUGUGUAAUGUCAUCGUCUGUCAGGUUACGGUUAGGGUUAGGAGAUUCAGAAUUGCGAUAAUGUUCUGUAAUGUUCUGUUGGAUGCACAGAGCCGACAGCCCGCGCUCGGUUUGAGCGGGCAAUGACGUUUCACAGUCAAUUGGAGGCGAAGGAGGCGUGACCUUCCCCAUCCUACAAAAAUAUAUCGCCUGCCGGUCUCCAGCGGGUUGGGCGGAACCAAAAUGGUGAAAACAAGGGGAGUGUUCUGAGACAGGCUGUUACCUGUGAAACGGAAAUGCUCUGAAAACACUCCUAUUAGCACUUGGUACGUUCCUCCUGAUGAAAUUAAACAUAGACUAUAAACUGACGCAGAAAAAAAACGAGUCGACCAAUCAGAAUUUUGGUCAACUCAGCAUUGACCUCGGACUUUACAGCCUUAAAGUUUAGAGAUGAAUUUUAUGAAUCAGUCGUCUUAUUUUUGCGUUUUAAGUUCUUCAUAUCAUCUGUUUAUCCAUGUUUACUUCUAACCGAACUUAACCUCUCACGGCUUUGACCCACACAGAACCACAAUUUGACACUUAAAUCAAGCGAGAGGCUCCUUUUAAGUCAAUCAUCAAAUGUAUAUGAAGCUAGAAAAGGCUGAAAAACAACCUUCAAAGAUUCCCAUCAAUAAAAUCAACUUUGGAGUGAGUAAUAAAAACUCUCUCAAGUUCAGUGACUGUCGUUCAUGACCAAACAAACAAACAGCAGAUAUGAUCUAGUCAUGAAGGAUUGUUUUGAUGGAACUUCUCAUCCUUCAUCAUGUGCUGCGAGCGUCAUCGAUCAGACGAUUAUUCUCUGUUUUAUAAAGGCGAUGGGAAAGGAUCGGGUCUCUCUAACAGACAGACAGACAGACAUGUAGUCAGUCAGUCAGACUCCAUCAGUGAUGUUUUUAUGGUUCCCAUGCAGAAUCCUCCCAGAAGCAGAUUUACAGCAGGCACAGACACACUCAGUCUAUUGUCAGGACCCCAGAGGACUCGUUCGCUCUCCCACGGCGCUGCAGAACGGCGACUGUCGCUCCUCCCAGACUCUCCUUCUGCCUCAUAUUUGUCCGCCUGCUUGCGAUGUCUCCUCUCCUUCUCCGCUUCCCUGUUUGUGUCUCGAGUCUUAACGUUACUAUUAAAGACAUCCAUAACUCUGACACGGUCACAAACAAGCUGCGGCGGUACGAGCACCAUCCCGGCUCCAGUCAAUCCCCUGCAGAGUCUCAUUAAUCCCAGGCCGGUUUUAUAGGAUACUGGUUUUAAUUAAGCACCCAUUAGAUAUACACAGGCACCAACAUUUGGUGAUGGAAAAAUAAGGCCUGUGUUUGGUCGUGCAAAAAUAAAACAAACAAAACUGCAGUUCCUUGAGUGUCCACUUGAGGCUGGAUCCAAACAAACCAAUUAUCUGUUUAUUUAGUGAAGGCCUCGUGUAAAGCAUAAUCAUGCAAAGGUAUGCAACAGGUUAGCCUGAGUGACAGAGUUAGAUUUAGAUCUGUAAACGAGAAAAUUAAGAAAUAUAUGAAGUUGACACGUAUUUAUGGUGAUUGCAGAAAAUUAAGUCACUUUCAAAAUAGACAAAUGCAGACAUAGACGGGGAACGAGUCUUACUCUGGUCUUCUCUGGUGUGCACCUCUCUACCUAUCAGGUGUGUUUGUGUGUGUGUGUGUGCAAAUGCAUGUGCUAAAACCGUGCUUGUACUUGUGUUUGCUGUGUUCAGGCGAGGUCGAGUCUGUUGUGGUUUACUGUGGAAAAAAAAAAGGCCUCAAGUUUCAUCACCUGAACAACACAGACACACACAGACACACACAGCUCCUCCCUGCUGUGUGUGUUGUUCUUGACUGGUGGAAGUUUGUAUUGCUUUGCCUGUUUAACAAGAGCUACUUUUGCUUUUUUACCUCAUUAAAUAAAGACAUAGUUGUCUGCAUUUGCAAUUAAAAAAAGAUCAAUCUUAGAUAUGGGUGGUAAAUUGGGAGAUAAUUGCACAAACAGCAUAAAAACUGAUUACGCAUGUAGUUUUUAUAAACCAGUCAACCGAGAUGGAGAAAACUCUGCUUACCAAUUAACGCAUUUAUCACCUGUCGUCAUGGAAACACACGACAUUUAAGUCGACAUUUCCCAGGUGGGAAAGUUUUGCAUAAAAAAAGAUGAGCCGGAGAGAAAAGCAGACGUCCAGGAAAUAAGGAAAACCUCGCAGCACAAUACUUUUUAACAUCCUGGCUGUGGAUAAGAUGCUUCAUCAAGAAGGAGUCAUGGAAAAAAAUCAUGGCAUCAGCUCAAGUAGUAACAGAUUGAAAGUCGAUUCAUGCUUCACAGCAGCAUCAAAUACGGAAACUGGAGGGAGGAGGAGGAGGAGAAAGAGGAAAGGAGUCUGUGAUGGGCGCAGUGAUCUCUGGUUUGGCCUCGGUCGAGCUCCUUGGCUUUAUGGUUUCCCACCAUGUUUCUGUUGGACUGAGAUGAAACGAGUGAUGGAGGAGAAGAUGGAGAGACUUCUCUGGAGUGCAGAUAGAGGGAGAGACAUCAUGAGGCCCAGAAAGAGAUAGAAAAGUUUGAGGUUUCAAGAAAAGAUGAAGACAAGUCGUUUUUCAAUUUUAUUAUCGUCAUUAUUUUUACAAUGUUGAACUCAACCGGAUCAAUUCUGUUAAAAAAUUGUACCGUUGGGAUUUUUAAGAUUUCAUGAAACAGCAGCUGACGAACCCAAGAAACUACCUUUUCAUUGUUUAGUCCAGUAUUUUCAUAAAUCUUACUGACAAAGUUAAUACAUUUCUGUCAACAACUUACUUUAAAAAACAAAUAUAAAAUAAUAGUAAUACAUUUAAUUUGUGGGCACCAAUUAAAAGACACAUCAGUAGAAAAGUAAAAUCAAUAAAAAAAUACAUCAAUUCAAUAAAGUAUUAAGUUGAAUUGUAUUUUCAACAGCAAAUUGAUUUUAUGGUAAAAAUUAAUUGUGAUAAUUAUAUUAAAUCCACCGUGAAGAAUUUUUAAGAAGUUUUGAAACUGCAAAAGUUAAUAUUGAUGUUUCUUCAUGACCUAAUGAGGCAAACGGGACCAUUAUUUAAAUCUGUGAGUAUUUUAAUCUCAUUGUUUUAAGUGUUUCACAAAAUUGGCGGGCUGUAGGUGUCAAACCAAGUGAUCGCAACCUUUUUCUAAUUCUCAAGGUUUCCCUCAAGAUAUUUUUUAUUAAUCACAAAAUGUAAUAACACAUAAACAGGACAUACUCUUCAUAAGCUGUUUUGUCCACAGGGGGCGCCAAAAUCCACACAUACUUGAAGUUCUUCACGGGAGCUUUAAAAAGUAAACGCACGUUUUGAACUGAAAUCCAGUCAACUCCAAUAUGGUUGAAACCCAAGGCUAGGCUAGGGUGAGCUCGUUUACGAAAGUCGCCCACGCUUAAGCCGUAGACUGUAGACUAACGACUCCAACAUGGCGGCUGGAGUCUGAGUGAUAAUGGCUGCUGAUGGUUAGCCACUUGGCUCCACCCCGCACUAACAGAGGAGAGGAACGGGAACAAUUACGGCUCAGUACGAGAACCAGAGUGAAGCCAGGCAGCUGCUGGUCGUCCUCUCAAUAUAAAGUUAGUGUGUUUGUGUCCAAAGGGAGGGAUGCUCUCACACACGGCCACAUGUUUACGUUACAAAUCACGACGAAACAAUUCAGCCGACCACAGACACAAACGUCUGACAGUUUUAUAGAUAAGAUGGAUGGAUAAGAAUAACAGAGGGAUGAGUCAAAGCGCGGAGGGAUGACGGCAAAGAAAACAGGAAGGACGGGAAGAUGGAGUGAUCGGUGACCAAAUUUGUGAAUCAUUUAAGUUGGAUUUAACGAGGUGUCUCUGAUGUUUUAAACACGCUUGAGUUUGGUUUAUUUUUACACAAAUAAGAAUGGACUGCACUCUCAAAAUAUUGUCUUUAAAGCUGUUAAAGAAGAAAAAAAACAGGAAAUAGGGUCACUUGUUCACCUCACUGAUGCUGUAUCAGACAUCUUGAUCUCAGUGCUCACUCUUUUUUCCUGGUUUCUGACUCUGUUUACUUUCCUUAAUCUAAACAAAUUCAGAAAAUAAACUUUGAAAACAUGAACAUCAGAAACAAAUAGUUAUUAUUGCUAAAGCUUCACAUAAGAACUAACAAAAUUAAAAAUCCAUGAAAAAAAUCUGACUUCAAACACUUUUUCUAUAUCUCUUUUUUUAUUUUAAACAGAACUUGUCGAUAAUUUUAUUUCAGUUUCUUUUGGACGAAUUAAAAAUUUUCAAACUGUAUUUAUAAAUGUUGAUAAAACUCACAUCGUUUAUACACAAAGAUGUUUCCAGACUGAUUUUAUAGCCUUCAGCUGUGAUCAAUACUUAUAUAGAAAUACUUGUUUUAAAACAGCAGGACCCCCAUAAAAGUAUCUGGUUUGUCCAAAUCUUGAGAUGACUCAGUGUUUUCAGAGACAGUGCGGCAGAAAUGGGUAAAAUCUUCACUCUUAAAGGCUUUUGUAGAGUCAUAGGUCCCCCUGAGGAGAAACAAAACUUUAUAGAAACUAGACAGAGGAGGAAUCAGGUGAAAAGUGUUUCAAAAAUUGUGUUGUUAGUGCAGAAAUGUUCACAGCCUCAAUGUUUAAUGUCCUCUACUUGAUACCCACUUGUGUAGUUGAUCUCAGAUUUACACUUUAAGGUGCAGACGUGAACCCGUCUACGCAGAGCACAGAAGAAAAAGAGUGAGCAGAUGAUAAGCUGAUUGAAAGGCAGCAGCCCCUGAGCAGAGCCAGCCACUUUAUUUUGGGGUGAUAAUAACACAGUCUGGCUGAGUUACCAUGUUAUUAGUGAGCAUGAUCGAUAGCAGAAUAUAUCAGCCUCCUCCGCUGGGCAGCAGGGCAGCUUGGCAGGCGCUCCCCAAACCACAGGCCAGCCCUGCUCUCAGGGGGGACCCUCUGCCUCUGCUGCACACAGACGCAUGUGCGGACCAAAACACACGCUCAAGAAAGGACACGCAGGGUGGAUUUUCUUACAAAAUAAUGGAAACACACGGCCGUAAGAAAAUACACACGCAAACAGGCAUGCACGCACAGUUUGGCAGAGGGAACAUUGUGCCCGAGAGAUUGCGAGUGGUGACAGGCGGUCUCUCUGAUGCUGCUGCAAGGCAAGGCCCCCGGGGCCUGUGCAUGCAGCUCUGUGGUGGAACGGACCAGCACCGGCUCUCUAAGGGUUUUGGACCGACUCCACGUGUGGUCAGCUGGACGGGGAGCGCCCUCGCUUCGCUCUCCCAACGUACACAGAUGACUCCAGUGGAGCUGCGCCAUCUUACAACCCUCAACACAGUUUAUUGGCCGAAACUGGAAGAGAAGUAGUUUCUCUUUUUCCGUGCAGUUUCACUUUGGCGAGAUAGAUCAGGGUCACAGAAGGUUGCUUAGUGUCACUGGGGUGUAAUUUCUUUUUAUUCCUGCCUAUUUAAAAAUAUAUAACUAGGGCUGGGCGAUAAAACGAAAUUUACUGAUACCAAAAUUUACGACAAUAACUGACGUCAUUUUUCCCAUAAAUAAAUAAAAGUUGGUUUUGGAUGUGUGUAGGUAGGCUUUGGUCUCAUGUCUCUUUAAGACGCUGUCCUACAUCAGAGACUUGACUCCACCCCAUCCAGUCCGUAACAAAGGAGGAUAGACAGGUGAGGAGAUGGAGGACAGUUCAAAAGUUGUAGCUGCUGGAGCGGCUAAAGUAGACAAAGUUAAUAUGGGAGGAGGUGAGCAGCUUGUGGAGUAGUUAUUGUCCAUUUAUCGUUAUUGAGGUGAACUGAUCAAUAUAUCGUGAUGUUGAUUUGAGGCCAUAUCGCCCAGCCCUACUUUAACCUCCUUUAAAGAUAUUUUACAAAGAAUAAAAAUCAAAGUUCAGAUCUCAUAAAUAUGAAACUUUUAAAAGUGAAUCAAAAGUCAAAUCAUCACCCCUUUGUCUCGCGGUCUCUGAUCUCCCCCUCGAGGGUAAGACAGACUGCCCGGCAGUGCCAGCCUCAGUCUGUGUGUGGUUAGACCUGCCGGGGGAGUGCAUCUCUUUCUCCAACACCUCUUUGAGUUCCUGUAGAUAAAAGCAGCUGGCACAACAUCAAAUCAAUAGACCCAUCAAUGGGAACAUCUCCUGAAGAUUAAAGAGAAACUCGCUCACAGACAGAGAGGGAAAGCAGGGUGCUAAUAGAGUACAAGACCCGGCUGAUGGAAAGUGAUUUAAUUGAUGUGAAGAAGAGAGAGGGAUGAAAAGGUGAGAGCUGACGAAGAUGUGAUGAGAUGGUGUUCGUGUGUGUUUAUAUGUGUGGUUUCUUUUCUUUGCAUCCAUCCAUUAGUACGAUUUCUUUUGUUUACAUAUUUUCUAAUUCUAGCAGCACCAACUUUUCAGCGUCUUUUCUGUUUUUAGCCGUGCAUCUUUACAUCUCUGUGUUUUCACCCCUUCCUGUCCUCUAAUUCAACACCUUUGUAGUUUUUCUUUUCUUUUUUUUUACUUCCUUUCACUCUCUUUGUGUUUUUCUCCUUUUUUUAAAAAAAUUCCCCUGUUUGAUCAAUAAAUAGGAAACUAACAAAAGUCUGCCUGCCAAACAACAUUAUGAUAUACAAAUCUGUAAAACUUCCCGAAGUUCUGUGCUUGUUUAUCAAGUACAGACUCAAAUACUUGUGCAUAGUUACUGGAGAUGCAUUGAGUUGUUAGACACAGGUGUACGCUGCCUUUGCUUUAACAAAAACAAAUGCUUAAGUAGGGCUGUGCGAUAAUUCAAAUUGUCGUACGUUUGUGUCUAUGUAAAAUGUUAACAUGUAUGUGUGCAACACUGCUGCAGUCACAUGUGUAAAUCGGCCAAUUGUGUCUUUAAGUAAAGAUUUUGAUGUAAUGUGUAGGGCCAGGCGGUAUGGGCUAAAAAUACAAUUUCAGAAAUGGAUCAGCAGCUUCUGAGGAAAGUUGAACUUCCUUAGGUCUCACAGGAAGUACAACAUCUGCUGGACCUUUUUCCUGAUGGAGUCUAUGUGGGAGGUCUACUUCAGGUCCCUGGAGAUAGAGGAUCCUAGGAACCGGAAUGAGUCCACAGUAGACAUUGUGCAGUUUAGGAUUAUGAGAGGGCUAAGUGCAGGAGCUCCACAGUCUAGAGCAGGUGUCGUCAUCUCCUGCAGAUUCCAUAAAAUGCAGCUGCUCCACUGACAAAUAUCUCAGAGAAACCUCCUGGAUUUGUGAAAACUGGAGAAAAAAGGUCUGACAGAAGACUCCCUGAUGUUUAAGAGUUCCUCUCUGGUGAAGGUUACCGUAGAAGGAGAGCAGAAAACCAAACAGAAACACAAAAAGUACGUGAAAGCAAAGUACCGAGGCCUCCUGUUGAGGCGCCAUCUUGGUAGAGAUAUCUCUCAAAACCACAAAUACAGUUUAUGGAGCGGCCCUAUGAAGGCAUUUCUACUCCCUCCUCCUCUUCUUGUCUCUCAGUACAGUUAUAUUAUUAAAAAUAUUCAGUGUUAUAAGUUCAUAAAAACUGUGUAUUUAUGUUGCUUUCCUUAAAAACUAGAGUGAGAACUUUAUUUAUUGUAAAGUAGAAAAAAAAGUUUAGACACAUGAUGUUAGGUUGAGUAAAAAUAUUGUAAAUUUUUACUUUUUUUCAUAGUAUACAUAUUAAAUGGUUUAUUCUGUGAUUAAGGAAACAAUCCCUCUCAUCAUUAACAGAUUAAAUGGUUCAUCCUGUCUCACUACAUCAACCCUCUUAAAUACUUUUUAUAUCUUUUCCUUUAUAAUCAAACUCGUCUUCCUGCCGGCCUCCAUUGUCACAGUAAACUAACCUUAAAUUAUGUUUUUAUUGAGUGCAGAGCUUCUUCUUUAGUUGGCUGGCAGUCCUGAAAAAAAAAAGUCUUUACCAAUUACUCCAUUCGUGCCUUCAAGAAACCAACCCAACACAAAAAUCUGCCCACCAUCCUCAUCUCUGCCAGAGAUUAUUCUCAUUGUCUUUAACUCCUACCAGAAGACACCAGAGCCUUCUGUCCUGAAGUGAAAUCCUGUGUGCAUCCCUUCAGCACAACGUGCAACAACCGCCGACCGUACACCCCCCUGCGAAUAAACCCCCCCUCUAAAUGAGAGCAGCAUGUGGGGGGAGGAUAUCAUCAGGGAAUUCACAGAAAUAUUCUUUCAUAGCGAGGAGCAGACCGCAGGACGAGGCCUGCGCCGAGCCGGUCUGUGUGGUUGUGGGCCGGGGUUUGUACGCUCUCUGUGUGCAGCCACAUCAGAGCCCUGAGCCCUGUGUAAUGUGAGCUGGACGGACCGAGGAGGGAUCCCCCCUUGGAUUCAGAAGACCCGGCACUGAGGUGCAGAGCAGGGACGGUGCGGUCAGUGAUGUAAGGCAGCGCUCUGUAACAAACAAUUAUGACUGCGGGUACGGGGAUUUUGUAACAGCACCACCAGGAUGGCGAAGGCGGCGUGUGUGCCGCUGCGUCUCUUACAUCAUUCCUGCUCUUUACCUCUUUCUUGUUCGACUUUAGAUGUGAUUAGUUUUUCUCAUGUUGGAUUUUAGACAACCUCCGAACUCUCAGAAUUACCCCGCCGCCCUUUAAACCAACUUAAAAUCGCAGCAGGGGAAACACUUUGAGCUGAAAAUAUUCCAAAAAUGGUGCAGCUGAACACGAAUCCAGCGGUUUAAAACUUCGAUUUGGGGUUUUGAUGCUCAUCAUCUGUACCGUGUAUGAGUUCAUUUUUCACGCGGGUGGCCUCUGCAGAAUUCAAACUCCUGGAUUCUGUCCCCUGCUUUUUCUUCUGCUGUCCCUCUUCAUCCCAGUCUGGCUCUUUCUUCUCCUUUUUUUUUUCUUCUCGUUUAUCCCCCUCCACACUCGCCCUCACAUUUCAUCUCUCUGUGUCUCAUUCCUCUCGCGCUCCCUUUGCUUACUCAAAGUCUCGAACAAACAAACAAGCAGCGGGUGGCUCGCGUCUCCCAUCUAUAAUUCAAGCCAGUCAAACUACAGCGAGGAUGUUUGCCAAACACAUGAGGUGCAUCACUCCGGCAUCGCAGGCACAGGCAGAGAGAAAGAAGGAAGGAUUUUUUAACCGUCCUGGCGUGGACUCAAACCCACAGAGCAUCACGUCAUUAGACUGAAAGAGCUGAAUCGUUUCUGACAUCUCUGCUUUGUUUUUGAUGGGAAAAACGCCGGAGAAGGCCUGAGAUUAUAAAUCAGGAAAGAUGUUGUUGUGAUCAGAUUUUCUAAUGCUAAUUAGGGAUUUCUGUGGAUUUCAUGUUGUCACUCUGAAUCAAACAAAUUCCUGAUACGAGUGCAGAGUCUAAGCUGUAGCAUAGCUAGCCAAGGCUGAAGCUAUAAUGCGAUGAUGCUCCACUACCCUGAUGUAAGCAAGCAUAGACGUAAAAGGCACAUCGUUGUAUGGAGCAGUUAGGCAGUAUUUUUUAUUUUCAGAUCUGUUUUUGUGUUUCUAUUUAGAGAGGAAAGAAAAGCAGAUAUAGAAGGAAACAGGAAGAGAGACGUAACCAAACCCAGGCUGCCUGCAAAUGUGGGGCGCACCUAAACCGCCGGGCCAGCAGUGCCUCGAGUUCGGCAGCAUUUUUGAUCUAGAAAGAUAACAAUCUGAUCUAACAAGAUAACGUUACAGAUAACGUUGUAUGGAGGUUUUUGUUUUUGUUCAAACAGCUCGGAAAUGUAUCACUUUUGUCACAUACUUAAUCUGAAUAAUUAUGAUUUGGAUUUAGCAACCCACCAAUCCAGAAUCAGGAAACAUAGAAAAUUAGGAAAACGACACGGCUCAGGUUGGUCUUUUCUUCAAUUUUGGAUUAUCAGCAGUAAGUUACUCAAUUUGUCCAGAAAUCAGUACAAACUCCAAAAAAAUGCUGACUGCUGAUUACUUAAUAGUUUUUUUUUUUUCCCCUAAGUAUUUAAUCAAGACGGGAAAUUUAUUGAAUUUCCCUUCGGGGAUCAAUAAAGUUCUUCUUAUCUUAUCUUGAUUCAGUACUUUCGUAAAAAAUUUUGUGCUAUGUGGAAAUUUUGCGGCGUUAAAAUCAUGUAUUUUUUUACGCUAACAUCGGUUUCAUCUAAUAUUUUACUGCUGCGAUUGAAAAUCAACAUACAAAGAAAUCAUCAGUUUCAACAUAACUUUAAAACUGUUCAUAAAUCUUACAUUGCCUGAAUCCAGCUCUCUGUUGGGAUUAGAAACAACGGAUUUUUGGCUCAGUCCUCGUGCAAAGUUUUGAACAAUACAAACCAGAAUGAGAAGACAGGUUGGAAAGAUUGACGUCUAUGAUAAAUCUUACUUAAAAACCAAAUCGAGUCCCACCGCUCUAUAUUUAAGAAAAUGACCAUAAACAACAUUUUGAGUGGAGUCUUUUUGAAGGUUUUUUGAAGUAAAAUGUUCCAGCUGUUAAAAGUUCCAUUGAGAUUUCGAGAGGAUUCCUGAAAUCAUCCAAGCGCUGUGUAAGAAUUUGUAUUCAUGAGAAGAUGGUUUUCAGUUUUUUUUUUUAUUUCACUUCAGGGCUUCUGCUUUUUGGCUCAAGGACACUGAUGCAGCUGUGCGGCAGUAACCGACUUCAGUCUUUAUCCAUGGUACAGAAAAGCGUCGUAUAACCUCCAGAGGCUGAGCCAAACCACUUGUGGUAACAACCACUUAUAAACAUGGAGGAGAGUGGAGAGGAGAGCUGAAGCUGUUUUUCCAGGUGCAUGGAUCAAACUCCGGGGCGAAGUUUUCAAGUUCAUCUCAUGUUCUUCGGCUGAGACCGACACUUGUAAUGUUCAAUUUGAGUUUUUCUGGAGUUUAUUUUACGCACAUAAAAACAGUAAAGUGUGUGUUCUUUAUAAAUUCUCUGAGUUUAACCAUGACAUCGGUUUCUCUUAGUUAAACGGAUGGCAGCAUUGCAUUUAAACUAAAUUUAGACACAGUUUUUUUUUCUUUUUAUUGCAGUAGUUCCUGCUAAAAAAGUGCAGCACUCAAACUUCAUCCUUGGUUGGCAUUGUGGUUAACAAAGUUCCCCUCUUAAUCUCUGUUCAUCUUAUUUACAUCAUGUUUACUGAAACAGCUUGAGACUGUAUUUCAGUGUGUGAACCCCUAUAAAGUCUUAUAAAAUAAUAAUGCACACAUUCACUCUGAAAUUGUCUUCAAAAAUAUUUAAAAAAACAAAAUUGGAGGAUUUGUUGUUGACUUAGACCAUGAGAAGCGGGCUGGUAUUUAAAAGUAAAAACUGAUCUCCAUCAACAAUGGAGACUAAUUAGCUGUGUUGACUUUAACCUUAUUCUAGUAAAUUUAAGACUUUAUUUUCGUAAAUUUAUGAUUUUAUUCUCAAAGUCUUUUCUUUUUUUCUCUUGAUGUGCCCUUGUACUUUAAUUUUCUGAAAAUUUCAGUGAACUCGCCCUUUAAAGUCCUACUCCGAUCAUUUUUUCACAUUUUUUUACUACCUAAAGUGUUCUCAGUAUGAAGUUUUAUGCCAAAAUCACGUUACCUGUGUCAUUUUCAAGGGCUUUUCUUCUGUAGCGCUCCAGUAGCUUAUUUGAAAUUCACCUCUGAGUUGUGGGCGGAGACAGCGCGGCUCUCCGCACUCCUCUUCACACUAGCUCGAAGCCUAACAUUACUGGUGUUGUUAAAGAAGCAGGUAACAUAAGAGCUACGUAGCUAACGGACACUUAUAUCUUUGGAAAAAUGAUUAAAGUUAAUAUCAUAAUUAGCUUCUCAAUCCGCUAAUGCACAUGCUUCUUCCACAAUCGUCCUCUCUACUUCUCUGAGUCUGGCCUGCAUAGCAGAGCUUCGGGGGCGGAGCUUGGAUUUGUGAUGUAUGAAAUCUCACCAAAUCUGAGCCUGCCGUUUGUGUCUGCCAAAGAUUCACUACAAUCUGAAUGCAGAAAUACUCAGAAAUUCAAUUUUGCACUUAGUUUUCUCAUGAUAUGCCCUGUAGCAUCAGAAAAAUGGCAAAUGAACAUGUAGACAACAAGAAAAACAGGAUUUUUAUCGGAGUGGGUCUUUGAAGAAUCAAACUCUACUCAUGUUGCCUUUUUAUGUUUCUUUUUUUUUAUGCUGCUCUUUUUCAUAAAAUCGAAUUAAUCUUCAACUGGACUUUAUGUGGACUGUGUUUUAGGGUGUGUAGUUUCGGUCGCCUUGGUAACGGCACGCCUGCUCUGUUUCCUUUCUGCUGCUUGGCGUUCAGAGCAGGGACCGGCCCAGCAGGUGGGCCGGGAGAGGUAGAGAGAGGGAGAGAGGUACAGUGGAAGGAGAGAGGAGAGCAGGGGCUGCUGGGAGGUGGGGCUCACCGCACAUCCCCAGGAAUCGCUCCAGCCGCUGGGGUUAAAACGAAUUAAUCUGAGAGAAUAAAUUAGGACAUGAAAGGAGAGAGGGAAGGAGACAGACAAGCAUCCAUCCAUCACUCCAUCCUUUUCUUUUUCCACUCCCUUUCUUACCACAUCUAUCUUUAAUCUCUCCUGCCUUCAUUUGAAAGCUAAAACAAAAAUUAAAUAUAUUAAAGUCAUGUUUGGAGAGUAAGCGCUGAUUUUAUGGUCCCACUCUUCCACUCAUUUUGACCUGCCCCCUCUCUCCUUUUCUUCUUUUCAUCUCCCUUUUUUCCAUGAUCCUCCCUUCAUUUAGUCAACUAAAAAAAAAAAACCAAGCAUACUUUCUGGAUCAGAGAAAAGUGUGUUUUGUCAGAGCCAAGGCAACCCAGAGCAGUGACUCAGUUUGCAGCCUUGACUGUUGAACAUUCAUGCAGAGCGUGUUAUUCAGAAAGGUGUCAGCUAAUCAAUUGUACCCAUUAAACCCAUCGUGGAGGCUGUUUCCUGUUCUGUGAAAAAAAUCCUUGAAUCUCUUUAAACUGUCUAAGUUUCCUGCAAAAUACAAAUGCAUGAACUUUUUUCUCUCUUUGAAAAGGAUUUUGUAAAAGCUGAACUCGCUCUGAAGGACUGCGGCGGCUCACAGGAGGUCAGAGUUUUUGUGCGGGUUAAAUGAAAAUAGAUUAAAAAAGAGUGGAGAAAAGGUUAAAGGCGGUCUAUGCAGAGUGAGAAUAAUCGUUUCUAUGUUUUUGUUGUGAGUCCAGUUUGAAGUUUGUAUAAGUCUGCUAGUGCCGGCAUGUCCAGAGGUCUCUGAGAGGACCCUUUAGGUGUUUAGCGUCAGGGUGGACGCUGGUCAUCAGUCAUGAUAGAUAACCUUCCUGUUGUGUCGGCUGUAAUCUUUGAACGAUGGGUUUUUAAAUGGUCUUGAGCUUGGACUGCUUGAUCUUUCUGAGAGACGAUGACAGGACGGAGCUGAGUGGACGGCGGCCUCGGGGCUCUGGUUGGUCUCUGAUGUCAUUCAGUGACUCGUCGUCUCACUCAGACGUUUGUGUCUUUCAGCUGGUUUCUGUGUUGUGUUACUCAGUUAGGAUGACAGAAGCAUAACAGAUCAGACGUUGACACCAGGCGCAGUUAUUCCUUCUUAAUUACACUUUUUAGAGUUCAUUAUUUCAUUCAUUCAUUCUAAGCAGCAGUAAUUCAGCCGUUGUGAGUUUGUCUGAUGGCUUUUCCUGGAAACACAAUCAGAAGAAGAAAAUACAGUUUUAGGGGAGUUUCCAGAGUCUUCGUCUGUUCAUGGGUGCAACAUCUGCCUGUGUUUAGGUUUGAUCCUCCUCAUCUAUAUCUGAUCUGUCUUAAAGUGUCAACCAAUUAAAUAUCACACAAACCGUCUUAAAAGAGGCUGAUCAGUCUCUCUGUCGUGUUUUCAUUUUACGAGAGGACAUGUUCAGCAUUUGCAGGUUCCAAGGAUUUGCAGCAUGUCUCUGAUUGUAUUACUGAGAAUAAAAUGUCUCUAAGUUUGAGGUAAUUGUCCAAAAUUUAAAAAAAUUAAUAGAUAUUUAAAUUAAGUUCCUAAAAGGGAGAAGGUUUGGGAUCCAAGCAAGACUGAAAUUUGGUGUAUUUGAGAUAAAAAUCUUGACAUGCAAACAGAUACAAGGUAGGGCUGGGCGAUAUGGCCUCAAAUCAAUAUCACGGUAUAUUGAGCAGUUCACCUCGAUAAUGAUAAAUGGACGAUAACUACUCCACAAGCUGCUCACCCCCUCCCACAUUAACUCCGUCUACUUUAGCUGCUACAACUUUUGAACCGUCCUUUUUAUUUAUUUAUUUAUUUUGACACCGAAUAUACUGACAUGGGCUAAAUGACAUCUGUAAAUCUGUUGUAAAUGUAGGUAUCGGUAAAUUUUUGGUUUAUCGCCCAGCCCUAAUUUUCAUUUGCGCUUACAGAUCAUUAAUAUCCUUAGCUUGUUAGUGAUUGAAAUCAUUAUAACUGCUUCAUUAAACAUCAUUGUUGUAAAUUGAAAUGGUUAACAUUCUCUUUUCCUCCAAUUUUCUGUAAAUUGCACCGUGGAUAGUUUAGUAUUUCUGCCUCAUUUAAACCUCGGGUGUCCAUCUAAGUCAUGUGACUGACCUGAAUGAAACAAACCUGAAGAUAUGUGCAACAAUUAUCAUAAACAUGAACACUGGUGAGAUGCUAAGUAGAGAGGUCCAAAUGCAUAAUAAAGUCUUUACACAUUAUUGUCACUUUAAAGAUUGUGGAAACAAAUCACAACCUCACAAAAUUAGCAGCAACAUUGAGUCUUUAAAGGUUUUUAUCCUUGUAAAAAUCUAUGAUUUCUAUAGCAUGUUCACGUCAUUCUGUCCUUAUCUGGCGUGGCCUUCAGUUCCCCUGUAACACACAAACACUCAGAUGAGAUUAUUAUGAUACUCACAUCAAAGCGGCACUUCAGACAGAAGCCACCGUCUUCUCGUGACGUAAACCUGCGGCCCAGAGGGCAGGAAGCUCGUGAGCCGAUUGAGUUUUCUGUGUCCUAAGAAGUUAACUCAACUACAGGUAGAUUUGAAGUCUGACCACCCAGAAAUGCUAAAUUCAUAUACUUAAUAGUCAUUCACAUAUGCAGUAAGUGUAACCAUUCACUUAUAGAGUGAAGAUGAGUGUAUUUUACCGUUAUUUAGAAUGUUCAAAAAUGUUUAAUUUCAAUUAAUAAAAACGGACACCCUUUCUUAAGAAUCAGCAGUCAUUAUACCUGAAUGUAAAGUUUUGUCAAGUUUCUUUUCAGUUCAAUCUAUGAAUACUUUUUUUAGACUUGUAUUUAAUUUGUUAGGAACUUUAAAAGUCAAAAUAAUUUUGCAGUCUAAGUUUUAAAAGUUUUGUCUUUUACUUUCUUGCUUUUUCUAAUAAACCGUCAAAAAUUAGCACCAAGAUUUUCAAUAUAAAAACCCAUAUAAUAUGAAAAUCUUCAUAUUUUGAGUCCUACCCAAAAAGUUACUACAGAAAAGAAUAAAACACUUUAUAGAUAAUCAAAAAGUUAAACUUUGUUUGUUAUUUUCUGUAAUCGCUGUUAAAUAAACAGACUCUCAGGGGCCGUAAAGCCGAUUUUCUUAAAGUAUCAUAAAUAUGACUUUCAGAGCAAUCAUAUCUUCCCUUUUUAUGUGAGAAAUCAAAUGAUUUCUUCUUAUUUUCUCUUCCUCGGUUCAUGGAAAUCUUCUUAUCUGAUAGAUUCAGUUUUCUUUUUUGUGCCUUUUAAGGGAAAUAUGGUUCUCUUACCGUGGUAUUCAGUUGCUGUAUUUAUGUAAUAAAUAAUAAAUAGAUACUGGCACACAGGAAACGUGUCAGCGAAGGGGUUUUUAUGGUGUGUCGGCAUUUCCCAUUUGGCCACAUGGUUUGAUAUUUAGGCUGAGCGGGUGAGUGAAAGCUGUCCUCGGCAGCCGCACAGAAAAGGUUUCACAAUGAGUGAGCGACAGACGAGCUCAGUCAUCUCUGCGCCACAUAAAACCUGCGAACGAGAUCCCAAUCACUAUGGGGAUAUGAGAGAUUAAAAAAAAACAAAGCUAAAAAAAAAACGCCUGGUGUUUCCAACUCUCAUGCUGCACAGUGGGAAAGCAGGGAUCCAUCGAAAGGUCAAGUGCGGAGAGCAAACUUUGAUCUGAAACUGCAGCCAAAUUAGCUCAGAGAAAUGUUGUGGUUGUUUGGAAAUCCCAGCUGACUUUUCUUUUUCUCGCAAACACAGACGCCUAUUUCGCAGCUUCAAUCCCUUCAUGCCGUUUCAACAAUAACGUUAUCAAACCUCCAGAUUUUUUUUUCGCAGUUUCCCACAGGACAGACAAAUAUGGCUGCGGCCUGAAGUCGUCAGAGUAUCUAUUGUUUGAGUCAAACCAAACCCUGAAGGAAGUGAGUCUCAAAGAGGAUUUACGUCCUCUGUGGUUGGCUCAUUUCCCCCUCUGUCUCCCUGUGUCAAUAUUUAAGUCGUGGAUGAUGUCCCAAAUGUCACAAACAAGUUGUUAAUUGUGGAACUUUCUGAUAGAAAUAAACAAGCACACCAUUAAUUAGCUCUCUGUAGGACCGGUCAUUAGAGAUCAUUUGUGUAGCGAGAGAAACCGUCACCACAGUCUAGAGGAGAAAGUUGCCAGCUUGUCUGUCUCUGCUCGUCCACUCAUUAAGAAAGUGAUAACUCAUCUCUAAAUGCCAUCACUCAGCCGGGAUUUGAUUUUACAUGCAGUCGCAUUCGUGGCUCAGUGAGCGUCAUCUCAGAAAGAGGUCGGAGGUAUCUCUCCACGCCGAGCCUGAGUCGAGGAACGUGACGCUCCCUACAACUUUCUUUUUUCUUCUUCUCCAAAGUCUGAUUAAAACUUUCACUUGUACAUCAUCUUCUGCUUGUUUUCCCAUGGCUUUCUGAAAGAUGGUUGUGAACAGAACAGAACAGAAAAAGAAAAAGAAACAACCUGUAGAGGCUCGUAAAAAGAUCUCCCUCCAAAAAUCAGUCACUGCAAAACCAAUUAGAUGAGCUAUUGAAUAUUGUAGUAUUCUGCCAAAUAUUCCAUUGAUUAAUCGAGUAAUCGGAGAUAUCUUUUUUUUUUUUUUUUUCAGUUAAAGUACAAUUAUCGCGGAACACUCGCGGAUCAAGCUUGUGCGUUAGCGGAUUGCAAUGCUCGCAAGAAAGUUAAUUAUGAUAUAAACUUUCAUCAUGCCCCUUAAGACAUUAGUGUCCGAGAGCUGAAUGGCUCCUAUGUUACCUGCUACUUCUACUACACCGGCAAUGUUAGGCUAAGCUAGCGUGAAGAGGAGUGUGCAGAGGAGCGCUGUCUCCGCCCACGACUCAGAGGUGAAUUGCGAAUGAACUACUGGAGCUCCGCAGAGGAAAAGCCCCUCUCAUUUUUUAUUUUUCUGCUCCGUAAAACCAAAACAGCGCCUACUCCUCCUUCUACCGUGGUAACGAGUUGUGUCACCUUGAAAAUAACACUUAAACAGUGACGGUUUGAGUUUAUAAACGAGUACUCGAGGCAGAGAAAAUUCCUUUUUUGUCAUCGAGGUACUCGAGGAAUCCUUUCAGCCCUCGUAUUUUUUUCUUUUUUUACCGUGGCUCUUUUAUCUUACUGUUUUUUGUACCCGGUAUGAAUGUGUAUGUUGUGUGGACCGCUGCUGUUAACAAUUUUAAUUUCCCCACUGAGGGAUGAAUAAAGAAAAAUCUAAUCUAAUCUAUGUGUGCCAUUACAAGGAGUGUUUUUUCUUUUAAAGCAUAAUCAAGUUUUGGAUGUAAAACAUUCAAACUCAGCCUUUAAGAGGUCAUUUCUAUCAUAAAAAAUUUUAAAAAAUUUAAAGAGGAAUGAUGGUGCUCCAGUCAAGUCUAUGCAAGUUUAACAACACAACUUAAUCUCUGUUUUCAAGAUCAAAUUACUGCCAAAUUCAGAGCAUACUGUCAGUCAUUUGUGCUUGUUUACAUCAGGGUAGUUAAGCACUGUAGCAUUUCGACUGUUGUUGCUGUUAACCAGAGCUCUGAAUUUACACUUGCAGCUUAAAUUUGACCUUUUUCUCCCUGGAACAGGUCUUAAAAACUGCAUGUCACUGAUAUUUCUCUUGUACAGUGGGAUACCACAGACGAUUUUUGACAACGGCGCGAACCGAAUCUUCUUUUUAUCUUGUUUCAAAGAUGCUGCAGAAUAAACUUUGAACCACUUUAUUCCUGAACACUUUAGCUGGAGGUAGUAUACACCAUAAAAUGUACACACGCACACACACACACACACACACACACUCUCAGUUUCUGUCUGUUAGCGUCGAGCAGCGGUUUCUGAUUCAUCAUGACCAUGGCCCAGAUGUUCCUGUGAUGUGCUGUGUGGUAGCACUGGACCACUGUGUGUGUUUCUGUGUGUGUGUGUGUUUUAUGUGAACUUGUAUGCACACCACUGGGCGUGUUCUUGCAUACAUGGUUGGAUAUCAGCGUUAGUGUGUGUUUGCGUGUGUGUGUGUGUGUAAUAGAGGAGUGGGCAGGCUUGUUGGGGGGUGUUUGGCCCUUUUUUUAAACAUAGUUGCGUUGUUAUGGUUGCCUUCUCUUUGAUGUUGCCCAAACCUCCACUAAGAGGCUCUCAUUUUGGGCUCCUGACUCUGAAGCAGACAAUCACUUCCAGAUUGAGAGACCUACUUAAGACCUACUGCCGGGGUGGGACGGGGCUGUGGGGGGUCACGACGAGUCGAGCAGGUCAGUCUGGUGGUAACAGGGACAAAGAGGUGAUGGUCUGGGACCUGAACACAAAUAUAAGUAUGAGUGGAGAACUGAGGAUGCAUCAUGUGACGUCUGUGUUGGAUUAAAAAGAAUACUUUGAGGUUGAUUUAUUUGAAUUUGUUAUAUUAUUUAUUUAUUUAUUUUUAUUUAUUAUUAUAUUGAUUAAAUUUCCCUUCUGGGGUCAAUAAAGUUAUUUUCAUUUUUAUUUAUUUAUUUUUAUUUUUUGCAGCUGUCACUCUUUUCGAUGAGAAUAGAUUAAAAAAAAGGUUUCUGCUUUCAUAUGAUGAUGUUUUGUAGUUUUUAGUAACAUUAAUCUGUUCUAUCCUUGUUUACUCGACUCCAAGCUGGUAGUCCAGACUAGAAUCGUGGUCGACUGAUAUCAGUUUCCAAGGCCGACACCAAAACUGACUUUUUCAGAGCAGGUCAGCCGAUAAAUUUAAUAAUAAUAACAAUAACAAUCAUUCAUUUUUAUUAACACAAGUCCAUCUUAUUCUUGUUUAUGCAACUUCAAGCUAAAUGUCUAGACCAGAAUCGUGGUCGACUGAUAACAGUUUCAUAGGCCGAUACAGAUACUGAAUAUUUCAGAGCAGGUCAGCUGAUAAAUUUAAUAAUAAUAAUAACAAUAACAACCAUUUCAUCUAUAUUAAAAUCCUAUAUACAAAGUAAUCUCAGUGAUAUGUUCUGGAUGGAUAUUGAUUAGUGGUUGACCGAUAUCACUUUUCCAAGGAUGCCAAUAGUGAUACUGAAAGAGCAGGUCAGUUGAUUGUAGAAAAAAAUCGAUGCGGCAUAGUUUCACGAUAUUUUGUCUGGUGAUAUAUCGUAUCAUCCCAUCCACCAAGUAUCGAUUUUUUUUUUUUCAAAUUAAUGCUAAUAUGAAGUCAAUUCUAUAAUAGAAAAUAAAAUCAAUUGUUUGUCCAGUGAGGAUGUCAGAGGUGACUUCAUAGAGCAGGAGGAAGUUAGUGAAACAAAUAUAGCAGCACCUGUGGAGGGACACUAGGAAUGAAAGCAGGGCACAAAUGAGAUGGACAUGACAUGAAGAGGUGCUACAUGAAAUAAAAUAUUGUGUCAAUAAGACAAACAUAAAGACAAAUACUAAAUCAGCUGAGUAGUUGAAAAACUACAAAUCACAAUAUAUGGUAUCGCAAUACUCACUGUAUCGCGAAAUGUUUAAAAUCACAAUAAUAUCGAAUCGUGGCCCAAGUAUCGUGAUAAUAUUGUAUCGUUUCCUAUCCUUAGUUGAUAGCAGGUUUAUUCCACCGAUAUUCAGUUGUUACUGUUUAUUUCUGCUUUUAACAAAUACAACGGAUCAAAAUCUGUUGUAGAGGGUUAUGUUAAUGAACGUAUCUCAGGUACAUUUAGAUUCAAAAACAUCACUGAUAUACGUCCAUUACUCAACACUAGCUAGGAGCUGUUUCAGAUUUGACUCGCUGUGGAGGUGAGAAAAAUCGCAAGCAUAACAGCAAUAUCAGCCUUGUGAGGCCGGAUAACGAUACAAUGCCGAUUACAUCAAAAUGUAAUUAAUCAGUUUGAUUUAUUUAAGUGAAAAAACUUGUUUACGUCAGAUGAACGUUGAAACUCUAUGAGAUAUCAAAACAGAAUAUAUAUUAAAGAUUGAAACUGUGAGAUAUGAUCUGCUGUCAUUGAGGAUGGAAAAACGUGAUCAGUCUUCACAUCGUUUUUCUACCUCCUCUUUUCACUCACUUAUCUGUCACUUUCUCCGAGUCAUACAGGAAGGUUUCUAAAUCAGGAGUUCUGUUUUUUCUCACAGCUGUGGUGUCUUUUCUUCACAUGAGGUCACGUUGAAUUCGAUGUGGAUCUAAAGCUCUCAAUCUGAUCUGGGUCGGGAGUUUUCGUCAGGUGAAAUACCUCGUCAGAUUCUCAGUGCCACCCAAACUAGUCCUUACCUCUUACUCAUACUUACCUUCAAUUUUAUCUUUCUCAACAAUGUGUGUCUUUUCUCUCCUUUUUUUUCACUCUCUCUGUGUGCUGCAGGUGUGGGGAAUUUCACCCCGCUUUCAGACUCAGAACUAAUCCCCUUCAGUUGUUAACCGGCAUGUAAAUACUGUAUACCGUUAUGAUGAAGCAGUAUUAUAGUCAGAGAAGUGCAUCUGUGUUUAAAGACUCUCUAAAGAUGCAGGAGCUUUGAAUUGACUUUCCAUUUGGCACAUCUGUAACAUGAAAACAAAUCUAUAUUGUGUGUGAAAUGAGUUUCCUUCCGUGAAAGUGAAAUCUGUUUCGAUGUGCGAGAAUAACUCAAAAGAAAAAAUGAGGAAAAAACCUCCAAUCACAGAUCAUUUCAUCCUUCAAACUAGGACUGGGCGAUUAUAUGAUCGUGAUCGAUGAUUGUGAUAAAUUUUAGUUCGAUCACGGUGAUCAGCUGUGAGCAUAUUUACUCUAUCAAACAUAGCGGAUAUGUGCGUCACAACAGCCAAUCAGAGUCGAGCUUUUCCUGCUCACUUCUGUAAGUUACAGGAGAAGUAAACAGAAUGACCGAACGCGGAGCUGAGGUCAGCAAAAUAGAUGUCAGCCGUGAGUUUGAGUCGUCCUUUGAAGAUGUUUUUGUUGAGAAGUUAUUCAACGUCGGUUGUGUGGCGGUGCCAUGGUUUGGGUAUCUCCAAAGUGACGUUGAGUAAUUAAGUCGAUGUUUAAGGUAUGUCGGUGGACGGUGCCUCAAAAACCGGCAACACAACAAAUCUGUUUAAAUUUUAAAGAAGUUCCUCCCGAGUGAUUUUGCUGAAAGCAUGAAAAUGUGAGCAGAGUCUACACAGCCUGUCACUGCUGACGGCACGAGUAGCGUUAGCAGUUUAGCUACAACUAGCAGUGCAGCAACCAGACCAAAGCAAUCAAUCAAUCUUAUCAUCUACAUUUACAUCAUCUAAUGUUUAACUUUUAAGGCGUCUUCAUUAUCUCUGAAGGGGCGAUUUGUUUAUUUUGGGUCUUUCAUACCUGCAAAAACACUCAGGACUGUCAACUAGCUCACUGCAUUAUUUAGAAUUUAUCUACAUUUGUUGUACUGUUGAGUUAAAAUGGCUUUUAUAAUUUUCUUAAUAAUAUAAUAAUCUUAAUCUUUGUUAUCUACAUUGUAUGUUAAUAAAAUGUUGAACUACUCUCUAGUUUCAUUAGUUUUUAGUAAAGAUGCUUUAAAACCGGCAGUUUUAAAAAAAAAAGUUGUGAUAAUAAUCGAGAUCGGACGAUACGACAAAAUAUAUCGUGAUCAUUUUUUUGCCAAAUCGCCCAGGCCUACUUCAAACUGUCUUCAAUCAAAUGUUUUUAAGUGCUUUGAUCGGAUCUGCUGAAAGUUAGGAGUCAGUCAUUGUCCUCAGAUGGCCACCAGCUUGUCUUUGUCCAGAUACACAUCAUCGAGUUAAAACACGUCUUACGAACUGUUGUUUCGAUUCGCCUUUGACCGACUGUUUUUUUAAACGCAGCCUCAUUUAAUUUGAUAACAAAACACGGCACCUUCACGCUCAGAUCUCUUUGUGAGGAUCUCUCCCCUCUAAAGCAGUCUCCCCUCUAAAGCAGUUUGAUUGCAGCCACUUGAAAAGAAUUGCAAGGUGAAUCCAGCAUUCAACAGUUUGUCUUUAUUUAUCUAUUUAAUUUUCCUGCCGCACGAGGGCGAGGAAAGAAAAGAGAGCGAACGAGUGUUUUAAAUGUUCCAUCUCGGUGAAAUCUGAGAUUAAAGACAUUAGACUCAAAAGCACUUUAGAGCGAGGAACAAAAGAGAGGACGCUUGAAUUUCCGCUUCAAAUAUAAAAAGCGAUGAAUCUACUUAGUGUGUCAUCUGAAAAACUAAAGAAUACAUUAGAGGUGUUUUAUCAGCAUAAGGUCCUCUGAAUGAAGCGGCAUGUGUGUGCGCGCAUGCAACUGCGUUUCUUUGCACGCGCGUGGAUGCGAAAUGCAUACAUAAAACCGCGUGUGUGUGUGUGUGUGUGUCAGGGUCAAGGUGGGGGGCCGUCAUUACAAACAAGUGAUGUCUGAGAUCCCAUUAACUCUUGUAUUCAGCAGCAGAUUUCUGUUCAAAUAGAGUGGAGAUAAAAGGCAGCAACAAUAUGCCGUUAAAUCAAAGGCCUUUCAAGUGAAAUGAGACUACAGAGACACGGAGGGAUACAUCCACCGUUUCCUGACGCACAGAAAGACAGAGGGGCUGAUAUCUAAUUGGAAUUUAUGAAGUAAUUGUGUCUUUGAAGUAAUUUAAUCUUUGAUGUAAUCAACAAACAUGAGAUUUAUUAUUCAGCGCGUUGGCAAUGAGUUUCUUCAUGUGUACGGCUGCUUACAUGAUUAAUGUAUGUACAGAAAUACACAGUAUACCAUUGCACUAGGUCGUAGCAGCAUCUUAUGCAUCAGUAAUUUACCAAAUGAACCGAGUUCGUUUUUUUUUAUUCCAUCUUUAGUUCAAGGCGCCUUUUAGAGUGACAUUUUCAUUCAGUGUGAAUAAAUAUGUGUGACCUCGAUGCCUGACAAAACCUUUACAAAGUCGUCUUCUGGCUGUUUUUUGUCGGCUUGCUGCUACAUUUUAGUGCGUGUCAUAAUUUGAAACCCUCAGCAAAGAUGCGACUUUCAGUGUUAUGAAAUGAAGCCAAUAUGGGAGUGCUAGAAACUUCAGGGGGACCAUGUGGGUCAAAUGUGGUUGGGUUACUCAUUCUAUCAAAACCUCCCCUCCAAACGAAUCAGUAAUGUCACUCAGAUGAUGUCCAUUUUUCACAGAAUAGGGAUGCACAAAAUCACAUUUUUGCCAAUAUCAGGUUAUGCCGAGGGUGAACAAGAAGACACGCCUACGUGGGGUGGAGUCACAGAGUCGUGCCUACUUAAUUUUGAGAGUUUUUUGGGUCAGGUCGAGUGUUUUUUACACGCUUCUAACUCAGUUGGUCCACGCAACACAAACAAAAAACUUAUAUACAAAACCUUGGACGUUUGAAGGAUUUUAUAAACUCCCCCUGACAACACAGGACAGGCCCCAACAAACAGGGUUCCUACCCAGUUGGAAUUUCCAUACUUUUCCAUACCCUACUUUUUAGGAAUUUUUUUGGGAAAUACCUACUUUUGGGGCUCUGCUGCUUUGCCUUCUCUUGUCUCCUUCCUCCUCUGCUCCGUGCUCCCUGCAUUCCCGCUCUCUAUUCAGUUACACUAUUUGAUAAAAGCAAAAGAAAAAUUGGUAACAUGCUGUUUAUUGAGUUAACCAGUCCGUUGCAUGAAGAUUUUUAUUGGAGUGCCAUCACAUGCCUCGAUCUGACGUCACUGAUACGCUGAUGUGACUGAUAAAGCAGCGGGUCCAGCUCAAAUCUCUUGGUCUUAAGGUGACAUGAUGCAGGGCCAAAUCCUCACUUUAGGAUCAAAGAUGAACUUUUUUACCUUAAAAACAAAACUUAUCUGAUAAAUGAAUCAAAGUUCAGACGGUCAGAGUUAACAAUUCUCCGUUAUUGUUCAUUUGAACCAAGAAUUUAUUCCCUGAUGAUUUAUAUCAACAUGAAAGGGUGGGUAACCCUGCUGCUGUUAAUUAAAGGCUGAGUGAACUUUUCCCUUGGUUACAUGUGUGUGUGUCUGUGUGUGUCUGUGUGUGUGUGCGCACCUGAACACAUGUGGGAGACCUCUGUUGCUUUUCUUAACCCGAAAACUCAGCUGCAUGUUUGCAUUUCAAAGAUGCUUUAAGUAUUAUUUGAUCUUUUGUGAGAGUGUGUGUGUUUGUGUGUGUGUGUGUGUGUGUGUGUGUGUGUGUGUGUGUGUGUGUGUGUGUGUGUGUGUGUUUUGGUCGUCCCUCACAUGCAUGCAUGCACACACUCGUCAGUCUCUCAGCCAAGGUUAUUAUGUGUAAGUUGUGUGAGUGUAUGUGUGUGGUGGGGUGAAGGGGGGAUGGUGGGGUGGGGGGGCUUUUUUUAAAUACAGAGGGCUUGAUAAUUAUGGGUUAAAUGAGUGCUCUCAGUCAGCCUCCCUGAGUGUGUGUAAAAAAAGGAAGGCGCAGCUAAAGCCACUUCAAGGCCGACUAAUUACCCCAAGGAAGAGAGGAAACAUAAAUGGACGAUUUUGCGGCUAUAAUGUUACAGCAAAACGGCAACAUCAACCUCAGCACGUGAAAGAGAGCCACAGCCAUGUUUGAAGGUUCAGAGCUGCCGUGCACGUGAGUGUGUGUGUGUAUUUGUGUGUGUGUGUGCGUUCAUAAGCAGAACGUGCCUCUAUGUUCCUCAUACAUCAGUGUGAUGUUUUUGUGCAGAAAGCCACACUUGUGCAUCAUAUUUUUCGCUGCAGUCAUCAUUAUAUGCAACCUUUGAAAUCUCGUCGUUUUUGUUGAGUCAUGCUGCAGUCGUGAUCUCACUUUGCUUUUAAUGUGGUUCUGUUAAUCCUCUACAAACGCUGCAUAGUCUGAUUCUAAUAUCCUGUUACCACAUAUAGAGAAAAGCUCACUGCUAACAUCAACAACUCAGUCUGUGAAAUAUCUUUGCUAAAGCUUUAACACAAUGAUGCUUUAUGAACGCAAAAUGUGACCUUGAUUAAAUGUUUGGAGUAAAAAGCCUGAAACUUUUAUUUUGAAAGAGGAAGUCAACAGGAACUUUACUUUUCAAUACAUUGUCUGUUAAAAGUAAAUAGAUUUGAUGAUUUCUAAGUUUACUUGGUGUUUUUUUUUUCAGCACACCAAAAAUUAAAAAAAAACAACAGCCUGAUCCUUGAAAAAAUGUUUCCUAUUGACACUGCCUACCUCUGCAUAAUAUUUCUUUUUUGUAUGUUUUUAAUGCGGGGUACUGAAUUCCACUGUAUACAUGUAUUCUAUGUAGACUUCCUAGAGCCUAUUAUUAUUUUUAUUUUCAUUUUUUUGGUGAAAGUCUGGCUUGUUUAGGUGUUUUUUUCUGGACUGCAGACUCAUAUUUGUGUUUAGAAUGUGAGUUCUUGUUUGUAAAGUUAAAGUAUAAGAAAAAAAAAGAUGUGAGAAAAGACAAUAUAUUUCAGCGUUUUUUUUAACCGUAUAAGAGUAUAUGUUUUUUCUCUGUAUGUGUCUGACCAAAAGAUCAAAAAAAGAAAAAAAGAAAUGUUCCCUGAAAAUCUUUGAAAUGUUUUUUUUUUCCUGUUCUUGAAAAACUUAGAAAAUAAGCUAAUAUUAUAUAUAUAUAUAUAUAUAUAUAUAUAAAAUCUCUUUUUCUAUUUUAAUGUGCAAAACACUCUCAGAUAUAGUUACAAGACUCUUUUUGUUCUGAUAUGUAAGUAUAAGUCAGCUGUUGACAAUUUUCUCUUGGAAAAGAUAUCUCUGAUUUCAAUCAGGCUAAUAUGGCUGAAUAAAGGAAGGAAAGAAGGAAGAAGGGAGAAAGGGAGAAAGUAUAAGGAUGGAAGAAAUCUGUUUCCACAACAAGACUUAAAAACAUUGUUAAAUACAACUCAUGGGAUUUCAAAAGUGUUUCCAUGACAACGCACCUCUGCCAUAUUUCUUUUCUUUUCCAAAAUCUUUCGGUUUGGGUGAUUUUAUUUGUAUCCCUGAUGACAUCUAGCUCAACAUCCCAAUUACAAAAACGCAACAUGAAACUGAACAAUAACAAUCAGAUGAAAAAACUAUUAAAAACUAUUUAAUGUGAUUUUUAAAAAGUCAGAAGGCAAAUAAGAUGAUGGAUCGACCUGUGCCUAAUGUUUGGACCUCUUCCUCUGAGAGCUUCUUCUUGAGGUCAUUAUGAAUUCAGAGCACCUUAACCAAACCUGACCUCCACCCUGCCCCCACACCACCUCCUCCCCUGCACCCUCACACCUCCCACCCUCCAGGCUCCUCAGCACAGAGGUGCUUCAUUUGGUUUUCAUGUGUAUGACCAUUAAAAGAGGUUUUAGCAGUUUGAUCUUAACUCCGCAGCGGGCUCUGCAGCAUACACAUGAGACUUCAGCAUGUGUGUGUGUAUGUGUGUGUGGAAAGAGUUAAAGAUUUUGAUGGAUAGGACAGGAGCUUCUUCAGGAGUGUGUGUGUGUGUGUGUCUGUGUGUGUAAAUGUGGACUGAGCGUGUGGAAGCUCUGACUUUAAGUGAUAAGGUAUUCACUUUGUUACUCAGCAGGAGGCCCGGCGAGAAGCAGCAGAUCUGCUCGUCUGUAGUGCUGAUCUUACACACUUCACACACACAGACACACAUGCAAAUGGGCGUACACAGAGAGAUCCAUUGAAAAAUACACACGCAUACAGACUUGUACAUCCAAGUGUACAAAAUUAAGAAAAAAAAUCCCAUUUACAUAAUAAUCAGUCCUGCAAACCUUUCAGAGAACUUGCACAGUUUGGGAAUACACAAACGCACCCAUGUGUCAUCGGCGCACGUCUCUCAUACACGCACGGCUCCAUGCUGUAGUUCAAACGUAUGCUGUGUAACUGUGUCCAGGCUGCUUGGUUAGCUGCCUCCAACUCUGCAAACCGCUGUGACGUAUCGUAUGUCAGCCGGCAUGCUGUGAGCAUUAGCAAUAACUGGAUUUCACGUAAGUUAUUGAAAGCCAUUUGUAAACAGAAACAUGAAAGCAAACAAGCUCGCACGCACACUCACUUGAUCAUCAAAGGCUUAUCGAUCAAAUGGGCCUCCUCCUCCUCCUCCUCCUUCUCCUCCCUGCUCCACUGAAAGCCAAUGGGAGCAAAGUACAGCCUAUCCAUUUGUUCCAAACUAUGUUUCAGAUGUCCAGCUUUCCUGCUGUCUGACUCUCAUACAUGUUCAUUUGUGUGUGUGUGGGUGUGGAGGGUUGUAUAGAGUGCAGGUGUUCAAAAGAAGAAAAAUGAAUUUAGAUUUCAUUAAAGCAAAUAAAGACAUUUUAAUAUGCUCAGUGUGUUCGAGGCAAAAUUAGGCUUGACUUAAACAAUCAAAGUUUGGCUCUUAUGGAAACCAGCUGUAUAAUUUGAGGCCUCCUGGUUAUGGUGGGUCCAAACAAAAUAACCACCAUCUGGCUGCUUGACAGUGUCCCCUUACAUCCAAGUAAAUAUGAAAUCAUAUAAAACACACUAACUCAUGACCAGUGUCGUUGUUACUGAUGCCAAAUGGAGCUGUUGGAGGCACUUUUAAGCAAAUCCAGGCAAAUUCAGGUUGGUGGAUCUCAGGAGACAGGUCCCUCUAGAGUUGACGGCAUUGCCUGAAAAAUUUCAUGAAACGCUGACGCCACAUAACUUCAGGCCAAUCUAGAAAGCGUCAAAGAGGUGGAGCAGAGGCGUUAGCUCAGAUGUACAGUGGCCCUGAGGGUCAAAUAUCUCUGGAGGCAGCAAAAAUAUUUCAUUAAAUGCAAAAAUAUUCAUAAAACACAAACACUUUACACAACAUGAAAGUUUUUCACAUCAACUCAAACAAACAUUAGAAAACAAGUAAAUUUUGAAAACAUAAUACAAUAAAGUAUUUUAGAAAAUGUAAAAAAAUAAUUAUGGCUGAGUUGACGGCAUUGCAAUAAACUUAACGGGCUUUUUCUUAGUGAUGUCUCCAUUCAUGGAUGAAAAGGUUUCAUGAAAUGUUGAUGACUCAUAACUUCAGGCCAGUUUAGAAAGUGCCAAAGAGGCGGAGCGGAGGUGUUAGCUCAGAUGUACAGUGGCCCCGAGGGUCAAAUAUCUCAGGAGACGGCAAAAAUAUUUCAUUAAAUGCAAAAAUAUUCAUAAAACACUCAAACAUGUUACAUGACAAGAAAGUUUUUCACAUGAACUCAAAACAUACAGUAGAAAACACAAGUAAAUUUUGAAAACAUGAAAAUACAUGAAAGUACAAAUACGUUUUGAAAAUGUCAAAGUAUUUUUGAAAAUGUAAAAAACAAAAUAAUGACUGAUAAAAGUUGGCCCCCUCACUAUUUUCUACACAGUGUUUAUUUAUGUCCAUGUGAAAUAUUUUAUUCAACCCUAUUCAACAUUUUUGUGACUUUGACCCUCAGGGAUAGCCUACCUUUGCCUACCAAAUGACUCCACUGAUUAUGCCUAAGUUUGCAUCUUAUUAUUACCACUUAUUGGAUCUUUUGGAGCUAGCCCCCAGUGGACACUGAAGGAAUUGCAGUUUUUUGCACAUUAGUGUCAAGAAAAGAUCAUUUUUGGUUCUUGGCUGACACUGGUGACCAAAAGUUAAACUCCUGCAGCCGCUUUCAUGUAACAGUCAUUGUGAAUGUGUUGUAAACCAUAUUAAUGAAAAUGAAAUAACUGAUUUUAUUUUUCUUUCAUCAACAGUCCAACAAAGUGUCGGUGGUGCAGCAGUCUCACGGGAUGCACCCGCUGUCGUCCCUCCUGCCCUACAGCAACGAGCACUUCAGCCCGAGCCCCCCACACCUGCCCACAGACAUGAGCCAGAAGACAGGUAAGAGCCCACAGACACAUAAUGACAGACACGGAUACACUUUCUUGUUGAAAUACCAAAUUAAACAGUUUUUAUGUGAGACGCACAAACUACACAGACACAUGUAUAAACACAGACGUACUUCAAACAGUCAGCGAAUUGUUACUGAAAUCCUUUUCCACACACACACACAGAUCUGUUUGUGCUAUCCACUUAUCAUUCAUCACAUCAAUACAAAUACAGAACACACACACACACACACACACACACACACACACACACACACACACACACAAAAGAGCAUCGCCCUCUCUUUACCAGAAACAGACACAUGAGAAAUUCAAUAUAACAAAUGAAAUAAAUUCAUGAUUUCAUUCUCUUCUUACAUCCUGCUGCUUCACUUACACACACACGCUCACACACACACACACACACACACACACACACUCGGGCAUCCCGUUCAUGUUUGUCAACCCCACAUCCAACCUCUCUGUCCUCACACAUGGACACACACAUAUUGAGGCACGCACACAGUGUGUGAAGUGGGAGCCACGGCUCCGUCAGCCUGUGGCGGUUCCAUGGCUGCUCUGAAGUGGCCUGCUCCUCUGAAGGGACCGCCAGCCGCACACACACACAACACACACAACACACACAGACACUCAAAGAUGGAAACAAUUAGAGUGACAAUCGCACAAGCCAUCGCUGCAGUGCACACACGGUUCUCCUUAACAAGCGCUGUACAUACAAACACAAACUGCUACUCUGUUUGAAAGUCACAAACAAACACACCCUGACAUUUAAACACACGGGUCAGGAGUUUGGGACUUUCAGGGGAGGCCAGGAGGGCGGCGGCUUUUUACUCGACUCUUUCUGACACUCCUCAACUCUCACUCUUUAUGUCACACUUUCUAUAUGUGUGAGACAUCACAACUUGUUACCCAACAUCACUGACGUUAUGGAUGAGAGGAUUAAACUGACUUGAAGAAAACAUGCAUGUAGGUCUGACUGAAUUUGCACCAAGUCACACUUCUCAGAUCCGGCCUAGCAUACCUGCAUAGUUUAGGAUAGAUUUUCUCUUGUGUGUGUAUACGCCUCACGUCAGGCCAAAUUGGACCUUACCCCCAAUUUCCACCGGCUUCUUUCUGUUCGGUGAACUCCGUAGCUGAUCGCAAGAGUUCUAUUUUUUCCGAACGCCGGAGCAUGCCAGAUAAAUUCAGCACAGAUUAACCCGUGCUGGAAAGAAGUCGGGCACAGACACAAAAUUAAACAUCCUCUGGAAGGACACAAUCUACUGCUUAAAUGGUUAGCCUAUGUGGCUAAAGACAACUUGUUAUCGCGCGUGAAUCUGCUGUCCGUAAUCUUUCACGAAAUUCACCUCUCAAACGGAUCCAGUAGGAAUUGGCGGACAGCGAAAAUGGCCGCCGUUCUGGUUAGGAGCCGUUCCGGAUGCAAUGAAAAUCGGGGGUUAGUCUUCUGCACAUGCUCCACAAUCCAACCCAGGAGUAUGAACAGCAUGAAUGAGAAGAGGCAAGGCAGGUAGUAAACAGAACCACAACUCAACAGCCAGCUCACUUGUUUGUCGAUUGUUUUGGUGACGUAGUAAGCUCAGUAGUUCGUUAUUAAAUUAGGGUAAUGGAGUAAUAACAGCUUGAUUUAACUGUGCACAUUUUAAAGAUAAAGGGGAGGAGCUUCUCUGUUUUUAAACAUUAGAGUCUGGUUUUACAGCUUGGGGAGUAUGUCUGCAAAGCUCUCAAGGACACUAAUUAGCUGUAGCUUAGGUCCAAAGUUGUGGAUUUUGGGGUAGGGUUGUAAAAUCUUUGUAAUGGUCUUAUCACCUCUACCUUAGGCUAGCUGCUCAAACUUACUACAAGCCAUCAGCCGUUCCCUGCUAAGUUAUAUUUGGGCGAUGUAGGUGCCAGUGCAGCACCUGCAUUGAUCCCAAACUGAAGUUUCUGAGUCUGAAAAAGAAAAUGAAAAAAGAAAAAAAAAUUGAAUGUGCGACAGUGGGAAAAAAAGUGUGUUUUCAGUUUAGAAAAGAGAGAGAUCAGGAAAUCCAAAACAAACAUCAGCUGAACAAAAGUCCGUUCUUAACUCUGAAUCUCUGAUUAGAUACCAGAGUGUGACCUCGGGCAAUUUUCUGCCUGCUGCGUCUGGAAAUCCCCUUUAUCCUUCAAAAACGCUCUCCCUGUCUGGUCUAGACUCUGAGUGUGUGUGUGCUUGUGUGUGCUUGUGUGUGUGUGUGUGUGUGUGUGUGUGUGUGUGUGUGUGUGUGUGUGUGUGUGUGUGUGUGUGUGUGUGUGUGUCCAUGGCUGAUGCUAGCACAGUGACUCAGCGCUUAAUGACAGACUGAACCACCUGCUCCAAACUCCUAUCACACACACACACACACACACACAGCUGUUGAGCAUUGUGUCUCUCACACCAUCUCACCUGAAUUCUGACUGCAACACACAUGCACAUGCUCCUAUAGGGACACACUACCUCACCUAUUUCUCAUAUCAUUCAUCAGCUUUUUGCGUGUGGGGUCACAUCAUCAGUGAUGUCAUUUUUUUGGCACACCUAUCCACACCUUUGUGCUGAAACUCUUGUCUUUAUCUCUGAGCUCAGUUUGGAUCUAUGAGUAUAAUACCUGUCGACAGUCGGAGGAUUAAAACCUGUUUUUGUUUGAGAUAUCAGCUCUUUAGUCACGGACGAAUGCAGAAGAACCAAAAACAAAUGAAAGAUAUAAUAGAGUAUCAUCCUGUUAAUGUAACAGGAGACAUACGGUGGCCAGCAGGGACAAAAGCCAGAAAAUCCACCUUUAUUUUGGUUUCUAACAAAAGGUAUAAAUCAGGCUUUUUCCUCUUCCUUUCAGUGAUUCUUUGCAGGUUUCAUUAAACUCAUAUUUAUUGACUGUGUUCAGUCUUUUUGCCUAUUUUUUUCUCAUAGUCCACGGUCGGUGUAAAUCAGUGCAGGUUUGUGUUGGCAAAGAUAAAACCAGAACCACUCCAGAUGAUCUUUUAUAGCUGACAUGAGUUUUAUUUAAAAAUUUGAGAUUUUUGUGCACCGCACUCGGUGAUCGACUUGUCAGGGCUCCCCUACAAAAAAGCGGCUGCUGGAAGAGAGUAGGUGAGUUGUGUUUAGUCUCUUUGCUAAAGAAAUCAGGCAAAGUUAAAAAGAUGUUUGAUGGCUAGUGCUGUUGCUAGGACUCUGUAUGUACUGUUGAUGAAGUUAGGUGCUGUUCUGAACAUUAUUUGUGGCUAUAGAAUGGCGCUUUGGUUGAGGUUUGGGCGUGGAAACAUAGACUGCUGUGUAUUGCUAUCGUGUGGUUGUUACUUAAGUUGGUAUAACCAAAGAAGCAAGUGGUCGGCAACAUUUAUGUGUGUUUGACUUUAACUUAAUUUUAUGCCAGAAUAUGCCUUUUAAUGUCACAUAUGAAUAAAGAUGUUUUUUCUAGCUAAAUAAAAGAGGUAACAGCCACAUUAUAUCUCCUCUUUCUUAACGCUGAACCAUUGUCUAACUUUCCACUAAAACAAAAAAAAGAUAAAUGUGUUUCUAAUUCAUACAAUAAUCUCAAUUUUCAGCUUUUUUAAUUGUUUCUUUGUGUGUGAAUAAUAAAAUUAUAGUUUAACAUUUCCUCAGGGUUUACCUUUGAGCUUCUGCUGUAAUCAUUUGAUCUCUUAUAAUUUCAGUGGUCUUCAAGUACUUUCUUUCUCUCUCCGCCCGCUCUAUAAUUAAACCGCUCAUGCAUCACUUACAUGUUAGGGUUGAAAGAAAAUCAGAGAUAUGAUUACUAUUUGUGUCGACUUUCUUUAAUCUCUGUUUUGGCCUCUUCUCUCUCUCUCCUCUCCAACACCAACAACGUGUGAAAUCCUCGAGCUGACUCUUGGUAUAGAAGUUCAUGUUUUCACUCCCCUUACUUAAAUAUUUUAUUGUUUUUCCUACUCUUCAUGGCGUCAUGCCUCUGAGCUACGAACGUGAACACAGUUUAUUGUAGAUUACUAUAAUAAUUUCACAUAAUUUGUAACUGGAGGGAGGGGGGGAGUCUUUGGUUAGACUUAACACUUCACAGCUCUCACUUCAGGUACUUCCUGUGUUUUUUUUCCAUCUGAACCCCCAGCGUGUGUCUACGACAGCUGAAAAUAACCUCACUAGAGGGUUGCACUUUGGCUUCUCAAACCUUUCAAUUCUUUUUAUAGUUAAAGCUACAACAAAACUAGUUUCGGUGCUAAAUAUGUACAUUAUACUUUGUUGCGUUUGACACCACUUGCUUUGCUCAGAAUUGGCUGCAGAGGUGUGGAACCAUUUUACACCUGAUUACUGAUGCUUUAGAUUAGAUGUAUUUGCUCAGCCCAGUUAGAAAAAUGCUGAAAAUAAAGAUGUUUCAAACAAAGCUUAGGUGCAAUUUUAAAAAACAUGUAAAAAAGCCAUUACUGGUGCUUUCAAUUCGCAUGCAAGCGCACCAGCUGUAGAAAAAAGUGUCAUUUGGGACUUUUGUUUCACCGCGGUCUUGGUUUACUUACCAGCAACACAUCAAAAAACAAACACGAGUCGAACUUUUUGAGACAGUUUGGCCCAGCUGGUCAUUCCAGUCACUUCUCACCUGCCUUGAGUCGGCUUUCAUCGCGUCACAUAAAAGUAGUCAAUUCAGCUCUGUCACUUCACUCUGACUUUGUUUCAGUUAUGACUGCCCGCGCUGACAAUAGAGCGUAAAAUAAAAGCAGAAAAAAAGCAGAAAUGAAACACGUUUGCUCGCUCUCACUCUCUCAUGUAAGUGCACUUACACUGUGGUCUCAUGUGGUCUUCAGGUAUUACUGUACAUGAGCUGCAGAGAGAGUGGGAAGUUGGAAGCAGCAUGCUUCAGUGGGCAGAACCCAGUCUUGGUCUUAAACAGUGUUUUUUAGUGUUUAUAAGAGCAGGCUGCAGCAUUUUACUGACUGAUAUAUGCCUUUAUUCACAUUAAUCAACACCCCAAAACACAUUAUCCUGCUACUUUUGAUACUCUUUAAUCGCUUUAACAGAUACAUGACUUUCUAUUUGUGAUUUUCUCUUUUUAUUCUUGUUUUUUCUUGUUUUCUUUUUUUUUUUUCUUUAAUUUUUUAUUAAGUGAGAUAAGGCUCUGAUCAUAUUCUAUAUGGUACAAUUUAUCCUCAAUUUGUGGAAGCAACAACAAACUAGUGUGUGAGCACAGUUUUGGAAGCGAUUUUGGGCCUUUGCUGUGAUUUCUACUAAAGAGUUGUCUAAGUUUUUGAUGCUGUUUGUUAAUACAGUUUUUUUGAUUGAUUGAAGUUUAUUUCGAAUAUGCAAACCAAAAAUAUUUUAAAAAAACAAAACAAGAAAAGUAAGGUAAAACAUUCAAACAUAAAACAUAGAAAUAUAUAUUCGAAAGGAGUGAGAAAAAUAACUUAUGAACUCCCACCCCCUUCCCUUUAAAUAAUAAGUACCCACACCUUCCUUGCAACUUGUUUAGAUGUACCUGAUAAUUUUAAUAAAUAAAAUACGGUCAUGAAUUUGUGUUACAAAACAAAAUCUUCAUUCACUUAGUACAGCACACACAAACAAAAUAAAACAAGAAAGAAAAACAAAAACAAAACAAACAAUAACCUCGUAACACUUGGUGCUACCCAACACCUUCCUCAUCCCUGUACCUCUUAAAAAUAGUGUCUUUAUACCUCUUUUUAAACAGUGACGCAUGAAGGUCUCAAAGUCUGUGACCAUUGAUUUCUUAAAAUUGUUAUAGAAUCUUGUUCUUGUUACUGUAUUUUUCAGGCAAUUAUACGGCGCACUGUGAAUUAACGUGUCUUUGUUCACACACCGGAUCGUAAGGCACAUUAAGUAUCGAUUGUUUUUUUGUUGCUAGCGCGUACUCCGGGCCCGGGCUGCCUUACAUGAAUGUACUUCUAGUUUAGACAUUACAGUCAGGCAGUCUUGUUGGCUGCUCUGGGGUCCUGUUACAGGGCCGAUCAGAUAGUGACACAGCGUACUGUAAGUGAUUUUUUUUUUGUGGGAUGGGAGGGGAAAGUCCCGCCUCCUUCACCUCUGAUUGGCUAGAAAAGCUGGAAACGUCAUCAUACGCUCGAGCCAAAUGCGACCUGUCGGCUCUAUACAGAACAUUAUUAUCACACUUCUGAAUCUCCUAACCCUAACCCCACAGACGAUGAUGUUUUACAGCGAUUAGGAAUAACCAAUCGGAGCCCAGCACUUCUAGCCAAUCAGAAGCGAAGGAGGGCGGGACCUUUCCCUACCAUCCUACAAAAAAAAAAUCUGUGUACCAUAAUGCUCCAAAUAUCCAUUGAGCGGCGCAGCUUCGUUGCUAACCAAAGUCGUACUUAAACAUUUCAACAGAUUUUUGAGUGCAUUUUACCACAUAAAGUUGGUCAUUUAAGCACAACAAAGUAAUCAUACAUAAGGCGUGCUGGAUUAUAAGGCGCACUGUCGGUUUUUGAGAAAAUUUAAGGAUUUUAAGUGAACCUUAUAGUCUGAAAAAUAUGGUACUUGGGUUUUUUCAUGAUAUUGUGAACUAUUGUUCCUGUUACCCCUGAAUUUUUUGAGAUUUUACAUUGAGGAACAUUAUUCUGAAAUUACUGAGCAGUGAACCUUUUUCCAUGUUUACCUCUGAGAGACUUGGCCUCUCUGAGCACCCUUACUUUACCCAGUCAUGCUUCUAACCUUUUACAUGUCAACGUAGUUAUUUAGGUGAUCUUCAUCUAUACGUUUUUCUUAUAACACUUUUUCAGUGUUUUCUUGUCUUUGUACAAGAAAUUUCACAUUAUCAGACAAAGAACAUAAGUCAAGUUUUAGACAAGUUAAAGUAGUCAAAACAAUUUUAAACAUCAUGAAAUUUCCAUUUUUCUGUUCGGUUUCUAAAUCGAUGAUCGAUUGAGUCACACCACUGAAGAAAAGAAACUGUACUAGAAAUGAGAUGUGAUGAACUAUAGAAUAAAAGUGAUGAGAGUCAUCGGAUUAUUAACACUGUGAAAAAUCAACUUAAAUUAUGACUUUGACUUUUGAUGUUUGGGCUGACUGAAGAUGAUGACUAAAAUUGGUCAGACUCAUUAUCAUCUUUACUGUAAGAAAACACUGUAAACUUUCUUCUUGUCUUUCUGUCACCACACCAACUCUUUGUCGAGUCAUUUAAAGGCUUCAAUGCUGCAGCACUUACACUCUCAGUGGUUAUAAACACCGCAGCACAUUAUCAGUGCAGGAAGGCUAUUUUCAGUCCCUACACUUUCGUUUUUACACGCACACGUUUUCAUACCGAGCUCGCGCAGGGGCCGGUUUGACUCAAAUAAUUUCCCUUUCAUGUUUUUCCCAAGACACUGAUAUGGAGAGUGUGAGAUAGGCGCUGCACUUGUUGUUAGAUGGCGGCUGUAAAAAGGGACAUUCCAAAAAAAAAAAUCUGCCUUUUUUACUGCUGCCAAUUUUCCCAUCGAGGUUUACCAACAGCAAAGCUGAUGGUGUCAAAACUGAAGCAAAAACGUUGCUUACGGGAAAAAGACACCGAUUUUCCACCACAGUUAGACUCUCAAAGUAAAAUCUGUUUGCUUUAUGUAGCUGUGUUGUCAAGAAAGUGUCAAAAAAGGUGACAUGUGACGCCUAGCAGUUAAACUUAAGUGCCCUAUAAACACAUAAAUACACAAGCUUCCUAUAAACACACAAGCUGAUUAUUGAUAUUUAAAUUAGGACGUGUGAGUUUAACCAAGAGGAAAAGAUCACUUCACCUCUAAUCCCGUACGAGAUCAAGAAACAGACUAAGAAAUCCACUGGAGCCUGAGGGCACGAUCAGACCGAUGUUAGCCCCCCGGCAAAAUAACAAAACAGCCUUGGAUGGUGUGAAAUAACAAGGUCUCUGUAUAAAGAUGACUCCAUUAAAGGUCGAAGCAAAGGCAGGACAGUGCUGCUCAUACUUACCCGUGAUGUAGAAGUACAACUCUUAGAUGACAGUGAUAGCACAUCUUUGCUUUAGAGCACUCUGGAAGUAGAUUUGUGUAUUAAAUCAUAAUCACAAUAGUUUCCUUAUGAAUAGAACCAUUAAAUAAAUGUAUAUUAUUAUACCCAUCUUAAGGUAAUUAAACUGUUUAUGGAAAAUCAUGUGGUAAAUACAAUCAGUCACCAUUCCUAAAGAGGAGAAGUCAGUGAGGAGUGAGAAUUAGGGCCUGUGUCCAUUAACAACAUUUAACAACAGCACGGCUGUUCAGUCUGUUUCCAUUUUCUCUGGAGCUUCAUAUUUGAAGCACCUUUUAAACCAUUAGUAGAAAUAAAAGUGUUGUUAGUUUUUCUACCACUCCUGUCGUCUAAGUCACGCAGCUUCUUGAUUUUGAUCUAUAGGUAAAGGAAAAGUGAUACAGGCCUGUAUGUCAGUGUCUUUAAAGUUUCAGGUGUCAGCUACAACGUCAAUGUGCACAGGCCCUUAGAAUGUGGUCUUUUUGAACUUUUGAACAGUUUCUUUAUUCCUUCAAACUUGUCUUAUAGUUAAAGUUUAAAUCAAUUUGCAGUUUUUUUUCUAGUUUUCUCUAAAUAAUUACCUAAAACCUUUUUACACCACAAGCACACAUAAAAAGAUUUCUGCUCUCUAUUUCUCAAAGUGAUGCACAUAGAGAGUCUAUAGCUCACAUACAUUUACAGUCAAAAUUCUCAUCUGCACCAUGAAACAUAUUGUAUUCUUUUUCAGAUCCUGCUUAUAUGCGGCACCAACCGUCAGCUGACUCAGAAUCGAAACUUACAGUGUUUGUUUUGCGUGAAUACAGGGUCCUUGUUUUGUCACGCUGCGCUGAUGUCGGUCUGAACUCAGCCUGAGGGUGAAUAAACCCUGUGUUUACAUUAUAUAUGUACACGCGCGCAUGUGUGUAUGUGUGAGUUAGACACAAACAGCUGAGGAAACUCUUCCAUGAUGUAACUGUGACACACACACACACACACACUCCCAGACCUUUGACAGGAAGAUGAGAGCCCCUUCAUUUGCUGAUUAUGACACUCAGUUAGGCUUGUUGUGAUAACUUGUCGGCUAAAUGUGAACAAAAUUGGAUGAUUAAACCGCUUGAAAUGACAUUUUGAUGUUGCUUGUUUUGCAAAGUAAAAACUUGUGUUUUUCAGAGGCACACAAUAACAACAGAGUUAUUUAGAAGAUGUAGUGUUUGUAUUUUUUUAAGGGGAGUAAAAUAUAAAUCAAGAUCAUAAAACUAGAUAAGUUCUGAGAAAAGAUGGAUGAAAUGAUGGGUGACCAAAGAAAAGAGCAGAGGCCUGUGGUGAUAGACAGAACAAAGAGGGGUAAAGAGAGGUAAAAGGUAAAAUAAAGGUGAGAAAGAGGACAGAAACGAGGCGGAUAAGGACCUGGACCGAACAGGGGUGGAGGGCUGUGAGAGAGGACGAGGAAGGAGAGAGGGGAGAGGGAGGGAGGAAGGGUGUGGCGGGACAGACAGAGGGAGGGGAGGAAGGUUGGCAGUGGUGAGACAGGUCGACUGACUCAGUCACAUUCCUGCCGUCCAGAUUUAUAGUGGCUCGGGGUCCUAAACAGGCCCGGAGCUGCGGCCAAAUUACAGUCAUCGAGAGCAUUCCUGCGCUGCAAACACAGGUUAGCAGCCGGGCCGCGCUAAGUGCUAGGUGCUGCCUGUUGACAAAUGACUUCCUUUGAAGGGCACAGAGAGAGAGAGAGAGAGAGAGAGAGAGAGAGAGAGAGAGAGAGAGGGAGGGAGGGAGGGAGUAUUUACAGUGUGAGGGAACAGAGUCGAGCUGUCUGUGUUUCUUUAGUCGGAAAACAUCUUCACCAGAAGUGGAGCUGAGGAGAUGUUUGUUUGGGUGUGUGUCUAGUCGUCCCAUCUCUAUGUCAGCGCGCGUGUGAGUUUGAAAAAUGGGAACCGAAAAUAAACCCGCCAAACCGACUGGCGACAUGGACUCCCAGUGGAGGGUACCACACACACACACACACACACACAUACACUCCCACCCCAAACAUCCCCACACAGAGAAGCAGCAGCAGCAUCAUCUCUCACACUCACACUCCUCUGAGAGUGUGUGACCUUUGUUAUUAAGGCCAUCUCUGAGUGUAAUACCAGGUUCCCAGACUGCUAAUAACCCUAAUAACCUGCCAGACCAGGGGCCAAACCCAGGGGCCGCUGACCUAGCCCUAAUGUGUGUGUGUGUGUGUGUGUUGAGUCCAGAGACAGAGGGAUUGGAUCAUUUAUUAAGUGAAUGAUGUCUUUAGGGAUGAUGUGUGUGUUUGUGUGUGUGUCCUGCAGGCGUUCACAGGCACCAGUCCCAGGACCUCUCAGGGUAUUACUCCCUCCCUCCAGGCGGUGUCGGUCAGAUCACUUCCCCCAUGGGCUGGUGAGUCUCUCUCUUUCUCUUUCUCACACACACACACUCACACCUUUCUGUACAUGCUGUGACUCACUCAGUGCUUUGUGUACCUCGACUGUGUCGUAACAUUGUCGGUGUUUCCUUGAACAUAAAUGGGAAGUAUGUCGAUCAGUCACAUCACGACAACUGGUGUUGAGCUGAAACUUCAUCUAGAUACAUUUUCAGCUCGACAUGAAUAAAGUUUAAAAAUUUUAAAGUGUCAUUUACAACUUUAACAAACAGAUUCUUGUAUGUUUAGGAAAGUGUAUAGGUCUGAAAUAAACAGAGGCCCCCAGGUCAUGAAAAUUGAAACGCUACAGAUCUAUAAUUUAUGCUGAUCAGUUAUUUGUGCGCUGAUUUGUUUCAAUACCAACAAUUUUAUAAACUCUGUGUCAUUUUUCAAAUAACAGGAGUUGCAUGGCAACCUCAUCUGCGUCACAUUUAUCUGUAAUCAAUAAUAGAUAUGAUGCUUGUAUGUGUUUUGCACGUUUAUCUUCGAUCUUGAUUCUGCACCUGGGGGCUCCUGUAAAAACGUGCGGCUUAAUAAAGGAAUAGAAAUCAAAUCAAUCAGUUGGUUAAAUCUAUACCCUGUCAGCUCUAACUUUGCCAACAAUUUAAGCAUCAUGUGACCUCUGACCCUGAAACAUUAAUACUCUGGAGAAGCCCACAUCUUCUCUCUUCAUCUUCAUAAUUUGCCUCAUUGCACAGCUCUUCACACACACACGCCGUGACCCGGGUCAGUGUUACAAACAUACAUCUCCGUCUCACCUGCUGUCAGAGCGCCGAACCCAGGGGCCUUGUUGUCAUAGAAACCACAUUCUUUGAUCCUCUGUGUUUAGGACUCAGACCUGAACCGGUGAACUUUGCUAAAACUAAAACUAAAGUUUUUAGUACCGUAUUUUUCGCACUAUAAGGCGCACUUAAUGUGGUACACAGCGCCCAAAAAUCUGUCAAAAUGUUUUAUUACGACUUCAGUAAGCUACAAAGCCGCACAGCCUGAUGGCUUGUCGGAGCACUGCAGCUACCGUCGCCUCGCAGAGUUAUUGAAUGAGUUAAAUAAAGUUUGAAUUAUCUGACCGUUUUGUUUGGCUUAAUGCAUUUUAUAAUCCGGCGCGCCUUAUAAUCAGGUGGGCCUUAUAGUGCGAAAAAUCCGGUGAUUAAAUUAACUAAAAGCUCUGAAUAAAGAGGCUUCAGAUAUUUGAAGAUUCAAGACAAUUCAUGCAGUAUUUUCACAUCAACAAUCGUUGGGUUCUGGGAAAUGUUUGGCUGGUUCAGGUAGAUUCUGGACAUCCAUCAAUCAGCAGAAACCCAGAAAUGAAAUAUCCAAUGAGCUGAGAGUGUUUUUGGUGGUUGAGCGUAACUCGUGUCUGCAGAGCUGGACGUCAGCAGCAGCAGACACAUCUGUUCCACAUCCAUUUGUUGUUUCCAUCAUUUCUGCGUCUAUUGUGAGCUCGCGAAGUCACGCUGACUGAUUAUGAACUUCUAAUGUCAGGCUGCCAUUGAUUUCUGGAUCAACGCAAAUCCAUUUAUUGCGACCUACAGUUUCUGUGCCUGGACGGAAUCCCCCGGCAGCUUAAGGCUUACAUCAAAUGUCACAGAGAUUUGGAAAGGGAGCUUAAAACUCUGCAUGUGCGUCCGCUCACAUGUGAGUUUAUGUUUGUUUUUAUGUUUCUGUAAGACGAGCUGACGGUCCCUGGACGUUUCUCCAGUCCCUGAUUUAUAGGCGUUUAUCUUUCUCUGACCCUUCAGUAUGGAUUUUCACAAAUAUUAUUAACAGCUAAUCUCCUUUAACCCAGAUUAUCUUCUUGUUUUGGCCCCUCGUAGCGUGUUUCUUUUGUUAAAAGAGAAGGAGAACGAGCCGUUAAAUGUCAGUCUGUUGUUUUCUGUUGUUUCGGCUAGUGGCCUGGUCUCUCCAUGACCACCUCCACAUGUGUUUUCUUGUUGUUUGAGGGGAUGCAGCUCUGCAGUGGUGACCGCUGCAGUGGGAGGCUGAGUCUCACAAACAUGUUGCAUUAUUAAAUACAGUAGAAAACUACAGCUCUAUAAGGACGCAGGAUGAGACUUUAGCGUUCAUCCUACUGAGUCUGGAUGAUGCUUGGAUGUCAUGACCUCUUAAAAGGUGAAAAAAGAGCCUCCAGAGGUCUUUUGACAGCAUUUUGCUUCAGAACAGUCUGUGCUCUGUUGUUACGAGCUCUGUCCCACAGUGCUGUCACUUACAGUCAGAGUUGAACAAAGAAAACACUCCGUCUAGUGUUUAAUUUCAUUCCCAGCAUACUUUGCUGCAGCCUUUCACAACUGAGGUAUGUUCCUGUCUGAGUGAGUGUUUUUUCACGUUAUACACUCGAAAAUUUCCAGGAAAUUUCAGGACAGCCUAAAUACUCAAUGUUUUUUAUCAGGGGCGUCCCGAAACAACUUGAUAACCUGCAGAUCGCAAACUUAUUUUUAUAAACCACAUUCUGAGUGGAUAUAAGAGAGAAACAUGAAUUUAUAACAAUGGUCAACGUGCCUUUGUUUCUGAUAUAUUUAUUUUCUUCUGUGCUGUUAUUUCUACACAUGCUCUGACUGAUUAAGUUACAGUAGCACAACAAUGAAGGGGUAGGACUAGAUAAGUUUAAUCAACUUCAUCCUACACCGUUUCAAACAAAGUCUGAUUAUCUAUGUCGCUACAGAGCUGUCUCUUUCAUUGUUUUUCUUCUAAAGCACGUUGUAUACUGUAUUUUUGUUUUGUUUUUCUUUAAACCUGCUCGUAUAAACAAAUAAACUAAACUAAAACUUUUUUACUUCCGAUACGAAACCGUUAUUGUAGCCUUCGAUAUUGGCCGAUACCGAUACUGAUCCGAUGUUGGCACAAAAUAGUGCAUGACAAGUUUUUCACUCAGCUGCAACGUCUUUUUUUGGACAAAAACAAAAAAUACUUCCACGAGGCCGACAUCACUCCAACUCGUCGCUACUUUACCAGAGUGGAGUCUGGAAUGGACUACUUGUAUCGGAGUGCUGAUAUCAGAGAUUUUAGAUGUAGGCCGAUAUAAUCCGAUAUUCGUUUUUUUUGCUGAUAGCGGACCGAUAUCAAUAUUGAAUUGGUACACAUGUCUUGUAGUGUGACAUUUCCCUGCUGUAUGGUAGAGAAAAAGGCAGCUCCGGGGAGGUAUAACAUAAAAAAAACAAGGUGACGGUGCUUACUCAGUGGAAUUCAGGCAGAGUGAUGCUAUGAUGACGUUUUUUACCUGCUCCUUGUUAUCUGAGUUAGAAAAAAGAGUGUGAAAGAGCGUCCUGGUGAGCAGAAGCAGCUAGAUCACGUCUACAAAGAUCCCACUAGAGCGAUUCUAAGAGUCUUCACUGCCUCCUUCUUCUAUGGGCGAGUUCUACCUCCUUUAGUCUCAUAUGGAUUCAUCCUGAUUCUCCUGAAGAAGGAAAAAUAUUGGGGUAUACAUUUGCGUUUGGUACACGCAGCUUUAAAGAUGUUUGGCACACAUGCACAUCUCGUUCUAUAUUGACUGACUGAUCGGUGGUUAUUGUUGAUUUGGAUUUUUCAACCUGGUUUUUGCAGCCUCCUUAAAAAAAUAUAUCUCAGCAGUUAAGGUUAAAACCACCUUUAUUGGAGCAGCGUUUGACGUGUGUUGUAGUGUAAAGCAGAUUUACAGCCUGAGUGAUCCUCCAGAGCUCAGCGCUGUGAUCCCUGAUCUCUCCCCCUGCUGCUGGGUUCGACUCUGCAUGUGCUGCUAAUAAACUAACUCAGAGCAAAAAGGGAAAGGAAGUGUCUGUGUGAUGAUUUAAAGGUGAUUUAAUUGCAGGAAAUUGAUCAGGGCGAGCGUCUUUGCAUUCAUGCUAACAUAAGGAAGAAUCCGUUUAAUGUAGUGGUGGGGGGGGGUUUGGUUGUAUCGGCUCACAGGAGGUAGAAGUGUGCUUUUAUACAUAUCAAAGGCUCUUGCUUACAUCUCAUCCCCGCUCGCUCUCAACCUCCCGCGGUGUGUGAGUGUGUGUGUUUCUGCUCCCGGUAAGCCAUGUAUUGACACACAGCUGUCAACAGUGCUGAUCCAGAGCUCAGCGGGGGAUCGCUGCGCAUCACAGCAUCACAAGAGCUUUUGUAACAAAGUCGUUUUAAGGCAUCAAACAGCCGAGAUUUUUACUUUGGAGAAGAAGGAGGGUUUUUUGGAUCUUACUGAUGCUGAAGUUUGUUUUGUAGAGAUCGCUGUUUGCAUAUUAGAAAAUAGGAUAACGUAGAAAAUAUGGAAACACAAGCAAAUACAUUUAUUUUUGAUUCGACUGUGAAGGAGAUGUUCGAGUGUAAGUAAGACAAACAAAAACAGUCUAGAUAGUAUCAGUUAUUACUUGUUAUUAUAAGUGUUUUGCAUGUUUUAAAGAUGCAAAAAAUGAAGAUAAAUUACAGUAAAUAAGAAGCUUUCAGAAUAGUGCAUCUGUUUUGUUAUGUGUCUGAUUUUCUUUCAAAUUUGGAUGCUAGUUGAGCUCAAAGGAGAUUUUACUUGUCAAUCUAAAAGACACAAACUGUGGCCGUCUCUCCCCUCCUCCGCUGUGCUGUGUGGCAGGCAGAGUCAGCCCGUCUACCCCGGCCUGUCCCCCUGUGGAUUCAGGCAGCCCUACUCCUCCAACCUCCCCGGCUCCUCCUCCUACUCCAGGUAUCGUAGCCGGCCCCGGGGCCGAAACCGAGCCGAAACGGGCAAAACCGAGCCAAAAAAAAUUCUGCAUCUUCAGCUCCUGUUUUUCUGUGCAACAUGGCGAACUCGUGUCCAGCUUCUGUGUCCGCUUUCAUCGUGUGAGUCCCUAUUGGAGCCCGUGUGCUGAGACAGGACCAGUUCAGUGUGUUCCUGCCAGAACAAGCAAACAGAUCCAGACACUGCUGCAGCAAAUAAACCGCUGACAUGCACACACACAGACACACACUCUUCUUUAGUACCAUCACAGACAUUAACAGCUUUUACGGCUUUUGCUAACUCUUAACUCCUCUCUGUUUUUCCUUUUGUCUGCUGCUUCUGAUCCCUGACUUUAAAAGAUGAAUUUUUUUGAAAAGACAGCUCUCAUUUUUUGUUUUUCAAGGCCGCACAGGGACACUACAAAUACAAGAGGGGGAGCCUCGCACCUCCUCUGUAUCUGAGAGAUCCAUAUUUUCUUUUCCUUUUUUUUUGUAUAUUUCCCUGAAGCGGUGACUCUCAGUUGUUGUAUUUGAUCCAAUAAAGGUCUCCGGUGCACACGAACAGAAUGGAAGUCAAUGCUUUCAAAGGGUGAUGCUUUUUGUCGCUGCAACGCUUCGCCACUGUGUCAGGUUGUCUGCUGCGUUUCAUUCACUCGAGGCCUCUUUUCACUCAUGAAGGAACCUUUCUUAGGGUUUGUUUUGGACCUUGAUCGCGCUGGAUGUCGGUGGGUAUUUCACUGGGAUUCUAAACAGUUUUAUAUUCAACGUACAUCACAGAAUAAAAUCUAGGAAAAGCUGAGAUUUAAUCAUCGUCAACAUCAGUUUAUCAGCUUAUUUUAUCACGUUUUAUCACUAUUGAUGUGCUUUUAACUCCAUUCUAGUGGAAAGCAACAAAUUGGUGCAAGUCAGACUUUUAUUUUGCUGUAAAAGUAAGGUUAAAAAAUAAACAAAUGUAUGAUUAUUUUAUUUCAGAAACUUAAAAGACAUCUUUCAAACUUCAGUGCUUUAAUAGUUGGGUAAGAAAUAAUUCAUUAGCAGAAAAGAUGUGUCUUUACGUGAGCAGAUAACAGAGAUGUGUUUCCUUUCAUUUAGUGAUGCUUUGGCGCCCUCUAGUGGUGGAAACUCUAAAUGUUUCCUGACUAAACAGAACUAAAUCAAAGAUGUUUACAAUGUGCUUCAAAGAGCUAACACUGUUUACCAGCUAUCAAUAAUAAAUGUUUGUUGAAAAUUUAGCUAUUCAUUCAGAAGUCGUCUGUGUCAGUCAGUGAAGUCACCUCCUCUCUAAACAGGUUUCUGUUCACAUCUGAACCACUGAAAAUCCACAGGAGUAAAUAUAGAUAUUUGUCCUUAGAUUUGCCUUAGAGAGGCGGAAAAUUCACACACUAGGUUUUACCGAAUCCCCCCUCCUCCUCCUCCUCCUCUGUCGUCUUCACGGGGAUAAAUAAAGUAUUCUGACUCUGAUUCUGAAGCUUACUUCAGCGCUUAAGUGAUCAACCCACGGGCUUGUCUUGCUUUCGAGCUCCUUGCCCACAGAAAUCUCUUUGCCUUCGCUUAAACGCUCGCUCUCCUCUCUGCUCCUGCUCGAACGCGUUCCUCUGAACUGAUGCAUUUUGUUUUCUGUCACUUUCUUGUCUUUCUUCUUCUUCCUCCUCCUCCUUUUUCUCACAGGUUCCCUCACUCUCUGAUGCUGGGCCCAUCAGGGAUGCACCCUACAGGGAUCCCCCACCCAGCCAUAGUGCCCCAUACAGGCAAACAGGAGCACGAUCAGUAUGACAGGGGCAUGUAUGUGUGAGUAUUUUCCACCGCACUCAACGUUUUUUUUUUUCCAUGACGGUUAUCUCACUCUGUACUUUCAACUCCUCCCUCUGUUGUUGCACUCCUGUCUUUACCCUCUGAGUUAUUGUACCUUCAUCUUUUAAAAACUGUCUAAUUCUGAUUCUGGUUCUCAUCUUCCUCGCCAUGUUCCCCCUCUCUUUCUCCUCCUCCUGUCCUUCCCUCUCUCCUCUCUCCUCUCUCCUCACAGGAAGCAGCAGGUAGAGGUCAAACGGGAGAAGGAGCCCAAGAAGCCAGUCAUCAAGAAACCCCUGAACGCCUUCAUGCUCUACAUGAAGGAGAUGAGGGCAAAGGUCAUCGCCGAGUGCACAUUAAAGGAGAGCGCCGCCAUCAACCAGAUUCUGGGACGAAGGGUAAGGAGUGCACACGCGCACAACAACACACAACAACACACAGGACUGAAAUAAGACUAAUCCUGUUUCUAGGUCAGAUUGUAAUUUCACACAUGAGGAACAUGAGAGGGCUGAGCGCUGAUUCUUUCACGUUUUGGUGCUGCAGAGAUCAUAACAACACAGACCUUUAAUACUGGGACCCUGAAGAUCUAUUUCAGAUGCAGAUCCUAGAUCCUAGAUCAAGACUUUAACCCAGAACUGACUCAAUAAUCUGCUGUCAGGGCUCGUCAACUUUCACAUGUAAAAACAAAGCGAGUGUCCUUUUUUCUUUUACAGGAUUAAAUGACUUUUUGUUGAAGCAUUUUUUUAUAAAUGUUGAAGUUGAGUUUUUACAGAUUUUGUAACUUCAACUCUUAUCUGUGAUUUUUUUAUCAUAUAGUCACUGCAGGAUGAAACCGUGCAGUAUCGAAGGCUAUGUUCACACUGCAGGUCAAUUCUGAUUUUUUAACCAUAUGUGACACAUUUCUGUUUUUUUCAUGUAAGUGUGAACAGCGCAAUUCUGAUUUUUUUUUUCAAAUCCGACCCAGGCCUCUUUUGUAUGUGGAUAUAAAUCAGAUAUGUAUCCGAUGUGACUGCAGUGUGGACGCUCAGGUCGCGUUCAUCCGACCGCAUUCCGUUCGCAUUAUAUGCCGCGUUCGUUGUUGUAAUGUGAACGACCGCACAAAAAGAUCGGAUUUAACUAAAAAUCUGAUUUAUGCGUCAUACCCUGCAGUGUGAACGUAGCCAUAAAUGUGCAUCCAAUUCGCAGGCAAGACUUAAAAUUUGUAGUUUCUUCUGUUCCCAGCAGAGGGUGCAGUUUAUCAUUUUAACCACCUGGUGUAAAAGCCAACAGUUCCCUCAAUCACCAUUAGGGACACUAUACGGGCUGCCAAAGUCGAAUGCACUUCUGCAAGGAAAGAUUUUUUUUAUUUGAGAAGAGAUCAAAGUUUUGGGAAAACAUUUUUUAAGCGGUCAGAGCACAAAAAAUGGGAUAAGUUUUGCCUCUUUUCAAAGCUUGCACAGCACAAAAAAUAAAAAACACUAAAAUCCAUAUUGCAAAUAAAUAGUUUUAUUUUCAUAACCGUAACUGAAAUUGACCAGAAGACUCAAUUAAAUACUUUACCUGCCUCCUUCUGCAUUCACUUUGACUAUAAUGCCCGCUAUAUGCACUUGUACAUAGUCAUAGAAUUCAGAUAUUCUAUUUAAGGCAUGUGUAUAAAUUGUUUAUGCCUUAUUGUUCGUUCUCUUGUCUUUUCAGUAUUUUAUUUAUUUUAUUGAAUUUUGCCAGACCGCUAUGACAGUUUAAUUUCCCUUUGGGGAUUAAUAAAGCCAUCUAUCUAUCUACUUUAUAUGGUGUGUCCUCGUCCAUGCCCUUGAGAACUUCACCUUUAACACAUUCAGGAUUAUUACAGAAUAGUCAUAAUGAUAAAUCCUCAGAUCAGAUUCUAAGUUUGUUUUUUUCCAUGUGCUUCCAGUGGCACGCGCUGACCCGAGAGGAGCAGGCCAAGUACUACGAGUUGGCCCGCAAAGAGAGACAACUGCACAUGCAGCUCUACCCGACCUGGUCUGCCAGAGACAACUACGUAAGUACUUCUCUUCCUACUCCCAGCGUCUCUCUUCAUCCACCAAACCAUCAAGAAACAAUAGUGACCUGAAAAGAAAACAUGUUUAGGAAAAUGUAAACAUUGAAGUCAAGAAGGCCCCCUCACUCACGCUCAGGAGUCUGACUCUCUGGUUUGUUAAUAAAACCAAGAAGCGAAUCUCAAACAGGAUCAGUUAAUGAGAGCUUGGUGAACUCGGUAGUAUUUGUUGUCCUCACCUCAAAAGCUGAAGAAGUUUGUCAAUUUACUGUCUUUACUGGUUAGCGUCACAAAAACCUGCAUGAUCAUUAGUCCUCAGACUUGUCAGACCUGUCAGUCAUAAGUAACAUAGAUUAAAUAAAACAAACAUUAAUAGCAUGAAAUGAUGAAAUAGGUCCCAGUGAUUGGAGGGGGAAGUUUAACCUGUGUGGUGCAUGUGUUUUAGUCUGAUGUGUUGGGGAUGUGCUGUAUCUGGGCUGCUGUGUGCCUCUGACUUGUCAGUUUGCUGUUGAACUCUUGCAGGAGGCGGGCCUUAGCGGGGUCGCAGGGGAAAAGAAUAAAGCUGAUUGGGUAGGGACACGUCUUAUGGUGGAUUUAUGCCUCUGUGGUGGGAAAAAAUGAUUAUGCGAAGAGCCGCAUGUGUAUAAAGGGGCUGUGGGUAUUCCUCUGCAAAGUGGAACAUGCAUGCAUCUUUCAUAAACCUUAAUGACUCACACAAGAGAAAAGAGAGAGAGAGGAAAGAAAAAGAGCUGCAAAAGCCGGGACGAUUGGUCAGCUAUGAAAACAUUUGCACGUUACCAUGGUUUCUGAAAGCUAGUAAUCACACAGAGGUAUAAAUCAGCCCGUUUUGCUUAACUAACAGAGAGCAGGGCCGCAUGGCUGGCCUCGCUGCCUCACUGCUUUAGAUAUUUAAGGAUCUUAUGUUGGGGAAGCAUCCCAUUCAAAGUAGCACCUUCACUUUUUUCUGUAAAUUUGGAUUUCCCUUCGGUGAUAAAUAAAGUUAUUCUUAUUUCUAUUCUUCUUAAUUAAAUUCAGAUAAUUAAAACGGAUGUUACAGACACGCCAACACUCAGUCUUUUCACACUGCUUAACAUGUGUUUUUAGAUGCUACUUGUUUUUGGAAUAAUUGCAGGUGGUAAGUUCAGUCUAUGUUUUUAAUCAGGAGGAUUUUCGGCUUUAGUCACCACAGAAUUAGCUUUUCAGCUUUUCACCUUUUUUUUUUUUCAUAGGGACAUACCUUUUCAAGCUUUUCUCUGCCGACUUGUUUUUCCAUUCCUGACUUGUACAAGUAACGGUGACUCUUAACUGGGGCUGGGUUUUUUUUAACAUGCUCAGUACAUCUCUCAUACCACCAACAUGCAAUCUGAGUUUGUCCCAGUUAUUCUUGUAGUUCCAGUAACUUCAGUGUGAUGCCAACUAAUGCAGAGUUCCUUUAAAUUCAAACACAUCUAUAUAAUUUUGUUAUAAACCAGAUAACAGGCGGAGCAGCUUUUGUUGUCUGCAUAAUGGAGCUCUGAGAAGUUCAGCCAGUUCUAAUAAAACCAGCAGAGCACUCAGUGGAUGUGGAUAUGUUCAUGUGAAAGAUGUCACAGCAAAACACGACUCGUACAGUAACACAGCAGGGAUGUAACUAGGAGAAGUUUAUAAUGUUUGUCUGCUGUUUAGUCUCUUUUUUGGAGUAAUUAGUUAAAAAAUCUGAUUUUUUUUAUAUUUUCUCUUUGUUUUUCGGAUUAAAUUAAAAAUAUUAAAGCUCCAGUGAGAGACUUUUAAUUUGUGUAAAUUUUGGUGCCCCCUGAGGACAAAGCAGUCAUUGCGUAUCUUGUCCCCUUUAUGCUUAAGUCAAUUAAUCCCAUCUGGCUGACCUUCGACUAUUUAAUUGAUCAUUUUUUUGCGAAUAUUUUUACAUAGAAAUUGUUAAAACAGCUAUUUUUGUAGCUGCUUGGCUGACACCUACCCCCUCACACAGAUUUGGGACGUUAGAAAUCGUCGAUUUUGCCGCAGACUGUCUUGUUAGAAAUCGUCGAUUUUGCCGCAGACUGUCUUGUUAGAAAUCGUCGAUUUUGCUGCAGACUGUCUGGUUAGAAAUCAUCGAUUUUGUCGCAGACUGUCGGGUUAGAAAUCGUGGAUUUUCAUAAAAGUUGCAAAACUCCACACAGGAGCUUUAACGUUCACUAAGCUGACUGUUUCAUUGACAUCUUAAUUACUUGGUGGUUAGUUCGAUGCUCAUCAACUUACUUAAAAGUGAACACAGCUGUGUCAAACCUUUAGCAACACCUUUUAGUCAACAUAAACACACAAGAGCAUCAUCGCCGUGUUGUGUUGUUGCAUUUCAAGGAACCCCCUCUGCAGCCUCCUCCACACUCUGCUCUCAAGUUCAGCACUACAGUCAGUGUGGACCCGCUAACAAAACAGGAAGCCGAGUUCCACCUGCAGCCCCCGCAGUUUUGAAGGUGUUUCUCCACCAACCCCCUCUAAAACAAACCUGUAUGCGGCGUGUACGUUCACAGACAGACACAGACACCCGUGUAUACCCACAGACACACACAGAGCUCCAGAAAGGUGCAGAUGCAAGAAGACUUAGUAAACCACAUAGAGAAAGCUGACGGUGAGCUGAGGAGGGCAGACAUGACGCGUAGGCAGCAGAUCUCUGUACCCACAUCCUUCACUUCACCAGAAUAUGAGGCCUCGCUUCACCAUCAACAGGAGUGUGUGAACAGGUCUGUCAUUUACCGCAACAGAAACACAUCAGAGGCUGAAGACGUACGAAUAAUAGACAAGAGAUCUGAGGUGAUCUCCAAAACCUUUGAGAGCCUCUUUAAAGGUGUCUCAGGUGUUAGGUUUAGUACAGUGACAUCUUUCUUACACGCUUUACCUGCUUUUUUUCAGAGCAUUCAAGAUGGUUGCUUGACCUGUCGCUGCUUCUGACUGCAUUAUUAAUUUUUCAAAGGGUUUUCCCACCGUCUGAUCAAAGUAGAAAAACAGUUUGAUGUUACACUGCAUCGUGAACACGCCGUCAAAAAUAAGGGUUGGACUGAUUAGGUUAACAAGAAAUCUGGGCUGAUAUCAAACAGAAGGGAAUAACUCUUUAUGUCGGAUGCUUGUUCUUUUUUGUUCUCCCACAGGGCAAGAAGAAGAGGAGAAAAAGGGAGAAACUGCAGGACUCCAACACAGGUGAACUAUCCUCAAAUAUCUGGACGUUUUGUUUUUUUGAUAGUAAGAUACAAUGAGUCAGCAGAAUAAAACCCUGUAAGUUGAACCAAUUUCAAAGUUAAACGGAGGAAAUCCAGUGAAGCUUGAACUCAUUAACACUCCGAUAGAGUUUCACAUUGGUGUCUACGAGGCAGGAUGUGUCUUUAACGUCAAACCGCCCACUCUGCUUUCCAUGUAACCUGAAUUUCUGAUGUUUGAAUCCCCAGUGAAACAAGACAUCUUCCUGUUUUAAAAAAACAAUCAAAACAAAGUAAUAAUUCAGUCUCCUGAUAAAAAUAUACACAAGCACUCAUAGAAACCUUUCAAAUCACAGACUUUGCGUAAGUGAACAUUAGUAAUGACUUCAGCAGAUAACUUCACAGUAAGAGUGAUGGCUUUGAGCAAAUUAAAGCUACUUUCGUUUAAAUUUAAAGCUCCUGUGAGGAACUUUUGGACCCCCUGUAGACAGUCAGUGUUUUUAGUUGUGGCAAAAAAAAAUAAUCCCAUGAUCCUGACUAUUGACAGUCACAUUCAUGAUUUAUUGUGGAAAAUGCAAACAAAGGCUCUUUCUCCAGCUGCUCAGCUGACACCUACCCCCUCACAUGGGUUUCAGGCAUUAAAGGUGGAUUAGGCAGGAAUCCGUUAAAGAAGCAUCUAUUUUUGUGGUGUUUAUACAAAAACGCUUUUAAUAUCAGUCAAUAGCUAUAAGUUAUUGAUGACAUUUGGUAAUAUAACGAUAUCGCUGUGUUUUGUUAUGUUUGUGUAGUCAACAUUUUAAAUUUGAAGAGCAGCCCGCUCUUUCUGACUGUAAACAAAGCCAUUCCCCGCCUUCCCCAAUCUGAUUGGUUGUGAGGCAGACGCUGCUCUUCCGUGUCGUUCACGAGCCCAAACAAAGUUAGCGUGCUACAAUAUCGGACAGUAGAAACUAACCAGAAAGUACACAAAAUUGUCUGAAUCCUCCUUUAGCCAUGACUGCCAACACAAGCAAGAAAACGAACUAAAUAUCAGAGACUUUGGUGGUCUGUUUGUGGGCGGGGCUUGCUGGAGCAGAGAGAGAGGGGAGAGGAGGAGCUGAGGGGAAAACUGGUUAGGAGGGGUAGAGUUAACAUUCAAGAUUUCUCCUAAAAACUGGCACUUCCUCAGACCCUGCCUACCCCACCUUUUAAAAAGACUCUAUAAAACUACUCCAUUUUGUCACUAAUGGUUUUGUUGCUUUUGUAUAUCAAUAAAAAACAUCAACUUAAAAACUCCUCACAGGAGCUUUAAAUAAAAAGAUCUUUUCUUCAAGUCAGUUUGAUGAUAUUAAAACCGUUUAUGGAAAACUGAACAAUCCCGACACUUCAAUGUAAACUAAAGAAAAACAUUUUCUUUGUACUUUAACUGUUUCCUCGUAGCAUUUAUUUAGGCUUUUGACAGAGUCACAGAUCCUGAUCCGGUCUUGUACUAACAGAGUGUCUCAGCACGGCUGCUCUCUCCAAGUCCCUCUGAAUGUCUCUGUGCAUCUUUGCAGCCUGUUUUCCAGGAUGUCUGACUCGUUUAACAGCAUAUUUCGUGUGUGUUUGCUGGUUAUUCUUGUGAUUGGUGUUUUUGCAAAUGCUGCAACCUGCUACUAACAGUUUGACUCGAUGGCUCUCUUCGACCGGAGAGCUCUACUGGUGCUUCUCCUGCCCUGACAUGCUCUUUUUGUGUGUUUCCUCCUCGUUCGUCUGUAACUCUUCUCUUUCUCUCUCUAACCCUUUUCCCUUUUCUUGCUCCUCUGUGGUUGUUCUACUCUGUGCAUGCUGUGCAUUGUGCUCAGACCCGGGCUCUCCUAAGAAAUGCCGGGCUCGCUUCGGCCUCAACCAACAAACGGACUGGUGCGGUCCUUGCAGGUGUGUACCAAACAUUUGCCCCACCCUCCCCAUAGUGUCGCAGUGAUACCUUCAAAUAAAGUCAUCAUCUCCUACCACUAACCAUCCAUUCAUCAGCACUUCACCUCCGCCCUGAUCGGGUCCUCAGCUGUUCACAUACUUCAACAUGAUAACAUGAAGGCAGAGCCGCUCUGGAGGCGGUAAUAAUCUCCGAAAUCUGAGCAGGAAAAACAUCUUUUUUUUUUUCAGUUUCCAGCUCUUUUCAUCUUUGACUCAGUCAUCAUUGUCACAUUAACACUCUAUUAAGUUAUCAAGCUCAGCCAAAUAACUCCCACCCGUGAGAUUAUGUCUGCCUCAGGAUACGCUCUGCCUUUACAUCCUUUCAAUCCAGCCUGAGCUCUGCAUGUCAUCCGUCACUAACACGGCGAACUAAAACCCCCAGUGUUUACUGUUUCAAAACUAUAAUAAAGACAGUUUGAAAAUGAUCAAGACUUCAUCCUGCAGAACAAUCUUGAAAAUAAAAUAAACACUGAUUUAUGUCUGUAACACCCCACGCUCUUCUUCUUCUUCAAUCAUGUCUGCUCUCAGAGUUCAUAGAUGGUUCCUCUGCAUCAUACAGAGACUGCAAAACUUGAUCCAAUUCUACAAAAAUCAUGAAAUAUACAACAUGUGGGUUACUGUUUUAUUCACAUUCAACAGAAACUUAAACUCAGGGUGUUAAAGGAUCCAAACUUCAUAAAGUGGAGCAAACUCCUGAAAAGUUCUGGACAUUUUUAAGAUGGGGUACAAAAGUUUUAACCACGACUCAAGAUUGAAGCCUUUUUUCUCAAACCUUGUACCGUAAAUGCAUCAAAUACACUCAGAACUUUUUGUCGCCUUCACAUCGACACUGUUUUCUGAGUAGGCUGUCCUGACAUUUUAAGAUUGAUGAUGUUUCCCCCUUUUUUUUUUUGUUGAGCUCAAAGUGGAAAUUUUUUAACUUUCCCAACGAGAGUGAAGGUUCAGGCGUGAAAAGCAGAAAAUAUUUCUGAAAACGUUGAAGUUUCAGUGAUAACUCUUGACGGCACAGGUUAUCCGUUUAUCUCAUCUUCCCACGAGGUGCGUCUCAACAUCAUCGACGUGAAUUAUCAGUUUUGAAAUGGGCUUUUUCUCAGAGUUGCAACCGUCUCUGCGAUACAGAAACAGCAGCAGGUCAGGUCGCCCGUCAGCACCUCAGACCGCUCUGUUUCAGUCACAACAGGAUUUACAGUCGUCAACAGUCCACGGUUUCUACGCAGGACUCAGAACUGCAGAAACACUUCCACCACAGCAGCACUGCAGCAGCAACCCCGUCGUCUUCCCCACCAUCACGUCAUGGAAAUCGAAGCGUGUGUGUGUGUUUCAGUUCGAGAGAACAAAGUGGGGGUUGGGGGGAGGAGAGGGUGCGGUUAGAGCAAAUCCUUAUCACCGCAGUUCAACACACACACUCCCUGCAGCUUUGCACUCUGGCGGCGUUCUCAUGCCCAUCUGCUUUCAACUUUCUCCAUUCAUGCGAUGUGGUGACAGGCGCCUUUUGAUGGUGAACUCUGACAUUUAGAAAUCACUUUCUAUUGCACUCUUCCUCUGUCUUUGUCUCUCUAAAUAUGGCCCAGCGCCUUUCCUUGUGGUUAGACCUGGUGACUCAUAUCAUGUUCUGGUAAUGAUCCGGGGAUCCUGCUCACUGCUUUGAUGCUGCACUCAGAGGUACAAGAACCUGCUUGAAAAUGCAGCCGAUCACACAGUGCAGCACCGCGGCACUCAGGUUCUUUAGUGUCUGAUGGGGAUGAGCAACAAAAACUACAAAUGACCUCUUAGUGGAUCUUUUAGAAGCUUCUGUAAAUCUCAAAAUGCAAAAGACGCCGUGUGACCACAUCAGACUGUUUCAGGUGGAUCCUCGUUUUAUCCGCACAAAAUAAGAGAGACAUCUCAUUGACGUUUUCAGCUUUUAGCCGAUUAAAACCCCCAGAAGCUUGCUUUCUUAUACUCACAUUAUACCCACGGAAAUAUCUGUGUUUACCUUUCAAUCUCUGGAUAACUUUAAGGGAUAUUCCUGCGUAAAAUAAAUGAAUGGUCAAACACACCGUGACACCGAGUUAAGACACCCCCUUGAGAGGUAAAUGUUGCCGACCGCAUGUUUCUCUAGUUAAACCAACUAUACCAAUAAACACAACUCACCUACUCUCUUCCAGCAGCCGUUUGUUUGUACAGAGACCUCAGGCCAAUCCAUUAUGGACUGCAGCGGAGUGACGCAGCUCAAGGAAGAAGAUUUCAGAUCAUUUCUUCAUUUCCUUGAAGUAUGAAUCAUCAUAUUAAUCAUUUUGCACUGCAGACGCAGUAGUUCUUCUGCCUUAGCGUCUUGGUCUGAUUGCAUUUCCAUGAAGAAAUGAUCAUAAAUGUUCUUUCUUGAGCUGCGACACCCCACUGCAGUCCGUAAUGGACUGGCCUGAGGUCUCGCUACAAACAAGCGGCUGCUGGAGGAGAGUAGGUGAGAGUAAGUUAAAAAGAUGUUUGGUGUCUAGUACUAUGUCUGUGACCCUAUAUGUCCUGUUGAUGAAGUUAGGUGCUGUUCUGAGCAUUAUUUGUGACUAUAGAGUGGCGUUUUGGUCGAACGCGUGGCUCUCUGUAUUGCUAUCUGCGGUCGUUACUAAAGUUAGUAUAACUAGAGAAGCAAGCGGUCUGCAACAUUCAUCUCUUGAGGGGGUGUCUAACUCAGUGUUACGGUGUGUUUGACCCUAACUUAUUAUAUGUCAGAAUAUCCCUUUAAUUUGGUUUAUUGUGGUAUUAUUGAAGGGAAAAAGGCUCAAAAUACAACUUAAAAAAGAGGGGGGAAAAAUCUUAGUUUUUCUGGAUAUAACAUUUUAAAUAUGUACUUUGACACCAAAAUAGAAAUCUCUUGAAACAGUGCCCAAGAAUUCCACUUCUAUUACUUGUAGUUCUGUAAAAUAUUUAGUCAGCUUCUAAAAGUUUCAGAAAUGUUCAAUCCAACAUGUUUUCCUCAUAUCCUGGCACUAAUCCGUCUCCGUUGUUCAUUGUGAUCAUUUGUGUCCAUGUUCAUGACAUCGUGUGAAUGCUGCAUCUCCACUGAAGCCUGCUGACAUUUACCAUCCACACUUUAUUCACAGAUAACUCUCUCUGACUGUCCCUAGGAGGAAAAAGAAGUGCAUUCGCUACCUUCAAGGAGGAGGCUGCCCCAGCCCAACUUCUUCAGAUUUAAGUGCUAUAGACUCUCCCCCCUCCCCCUCCCCAGUCCGCCACCGUCUCUACCAGCACCAGCGCCCGCUCUCCCCGGGCUGCUCCCCGCCGCCCACCUCCCCGUCAACACAGCUACCCCUGUCUCAACCAGCACACACACGCUUACAUGCACGCUUACCCCUGCAGCAGUCUGCCGGCAAGCGGGGCGACCUCCGUCAGCCCGCGACCAAACACACACACCAGGAACUUUCUGGCAAGCAGACGCACAGCUCGACGACGACAGCGCUGUCGGCCGCCAAGGCAGCAGGACUUUCCCUUAAAGUGCUAACAGAGACUCAGUGAUCAAUCAACAUCUCAGACCCUGUUCAACUCAGCACUCGACAGAGCCAUGAAGAUCAACUUACCCGCCCGAAUUCAAGCGAAACUCUGUGGUCAUCGGUUUAAGAAACUGUGUCUGGAGGCCGAAACCUCUAAAAACGUUCCACACCAAAUACAUCUAUAAGUCACCGAGGCCGAUCCCUCUCUAAGCCUGCUUCACACCAUCCGUUAUCCUCAGAUAUUCAUGCAAACCUUCUUAUUUGGGAGACACCAGGUUCAGGUGGUCGUCAGUCACACAGGAUCAGCUUUUAAGGUUGCUGUACUUUUUCAGUGAUGGUCUAAAUUGGACAGUUUUGCUCCUGAACUUUGAAUUAGUGCUUCAGAAACUGCUUUCCCCGGUGUAAACAGGCCCUCUCUGUUAUGAACCACAAAGUUCUGAACCUGUCUGUUACACUAGCCUCAAGGUUCAGCGUCAAACAUGUUCAUUUUUUUUUCAUUUUACAUUCAGUCCCAUCCAGCAGGAACCAGCAGAACCUCAGCUCCAAAGACAGAAACAAACCGACCUUUUAACUUCCUUUUUUUAAACGCAUUUUAUUCCAUUUCCAAACACUUUUUGUAUAAGUACAUCCGCCUGAUUAAACAGAAAAAAAAAAAAAACUUCAACAGUUAAAAAAAGCCUCAAAAUGACAAAGACCAAGCAUCAUGUUACGUUACUUCUAUUUAGGCACUUUCAGGCUCAGUAAGUCACUAUAUCAACAUAACGUUUUUCUUCUGUUUGCUCUCAUCUCUGUUUUUUGAUUUUUUUUAGGUCAGUUUUUGCCGGUGGAGAAAAAAAGAGGGUUUCUUUUGACUGAACAUUUUGCAGCUCCGUAAAGAAAUCCAAGACCAAAUGGGUACUAUUAUAUUGCAUUGUGUUGUAAAGUUUUAUAAAUGUUGGAAUUCCCUAUUAUAAUUAAGCUUUUAUAUGUUUUAUGUAAAAAAAAAAAUUUGAAACAACUGAAAAAAAGAUUUUAGUUUCUACCAUUUCUUAAAGCAAUACAUUUGUGUUUGUCCUUUGUGCAGAAUUUUGCUUUCCUUUCGGUUGCGUGUUACCGCAGGAUCUUUGAGACAGUAUCUUGUGUUUUUCAAUCUGUGCAUGUUCAAACUUCAAUGUUAACAGGUUUUUAGAUUUUGACUAAAAAGGCUUUUUUACUUUACCGUUCUGCUCGCAGCUUCAAACUCAGCUCACAAGCACCAUGAGGUCUCUGUCGGCUGAGCCUUUGUACAGCAAAAACCGAUUUUCUCCAGCAGAGAGCGCUCUUGUGCUAGAAAUAGUUUUGAGGAUGUUUCUGUCAGUCCUGACGCCUCCAUGAUGUCUUUUGUAUUUUUUAUGCCUCAAAAGCCUCCAGUGUAUUACUUGUUUUUGUUUGUUGUAUUAAAAGUGUUUUGAAUAUCUCGU